CUUGACAACGUCGUGAACGCGCAUGUCAGGUUCGCUGCAGAGAUCCCACUGCCUCAGCUCUCUCACGAUUAAUCGUAGGGAUGGUGCUGACAGUGAGAGGAGACGGACGGCGAGUUUUAUACGCUUAAAUGGAUGACCGGGCCAGGUGAAGCCCCAUCUGCACGGGUCGGACAACAAAUCCCCGAAAACCCCCUACCGUAUGAGGAAGAAGACGACGGUGCCGGGCCGAGGAGGACAACGUUCGUGUAACUGAUGGAAUUCCCAGCCGUUGCUAGAUGGAGAAACCGAAAGGGUGGACUCGUUAUUAAUAAUUAAAAAAAACCCAUCUGCUGCUAAAAUAUAAGGAAAAUGCAUCUGCACCAAGUGCUGACGGGAGCUGUGAACCCUGGAGAUUGCUGCUACUCGGUGGGGAGUGUGAAUGACAUUCCGUUCACGGUGAGUUUUUAUUUUGAUAUUCAGAGCUCAGGAUGACACCCAUUGAAGCUAACGACUAACAUGCUAGCUGGGUAGUUAGCCUGCUGCUAGUGGCACAUUUGCUGAAUCCAGGCGGGCUCCGGAGCUAAAGCACAGGCUAGCCGGGGAAGUAUGCUAGCCAAACUGCAGCACUGAGAGGAUUCACAAACAGUGAGUCGAGACUGCUCAGGGCAUCCGUAACACAAGCCCCUCAUUCAUUCCUAUAACAGCCACUCAACAUUCACAUGCUUAUAACCUCACCUAACGCCAGCUGGUAACGCUAAUAUCUGUCUGUUCCACACCUUUUAUUAUUUAUCGCUUCAAGACAUUUAACGCUAGCCACUCAAAUGACCUUUAGCUGCAUCUCGUAACGUUAGAAUUACUGCAAGGGAAUCCCUUUGCGCAACCAUAACAGUACUGGCGAGUAUUUACAAUGGGGCACGCUCAGGUGAUAAUUUGCAGGGCACGCUUCAGGUAAAACCACGCGUGGAUCAUGGUAAAAUUGCGCCCCAUUACACAAGGAGGAGGGUGACCAACGCUGUGUUUUGCCUGUGUAGUUGCAGAACUAGCUAAGCUCGCUACCAUUUGGCGUUAAAUCCUCCUCACGGAUCAUUAGCUCGCUGUCAUCCCAGCAUCAGCUGCGCCACUUAUGACGUAGAGAGCCAUAUAUGGACACAUGAGCUAGAGGGCUGAAUCAGGCUGGGUGUUUUUUGGGGUGAAAAUAACAUUCAAAAAAACGUGGAGCCAUCUGUCUUCUUUUUGUGCUGAGUGAAGUGGACAGCACUUGCAUUUAUUUAACUGAUGCUAAUUAGCUCACAUAAUCAGCUCAUAUGGGGUUUGACAGAUUCAUGAUAACCUUUCUUUAACCCUUAGAACUCCCAGCUAUAUUUUGCUAUAUAGCAGCUCUAUCCUUUCAAGCACAGCAAAUAUAUACACAUUUUUUUAGGACAACCUCAGCUGUCAGUUUAUGGGUGCAAAAAUUAUGUAAAAUAAAUGUGACAGUAGAUCCAGAAGCAUAAAAUUCAACCAAAAAACAAAAACCGAAAUUGAUCCCAACAGUACUUUGCUCAAUAAACACAUAAAUCUACUGUGAUCAAGCUUUUUCUCACCUGCAUAUCAUUCUGUUACGUCAUGGCUAUCAGGAGUAGAAAUAUUGGGAUUGGAACAAACACACAACAGAAACUAUGUACAUAUUUACACAAACUCUUCUAGGCGUUUUUUUGCUAUUUACAGUUGUUUCUGCCACUCCUUGAAGCAGUUCCUGUCUGGGAUGAGACAGAGGGCCAGAUCAUACUGCUCAUAAUGUCUUCUUUGCUAGUUUCCAAGCAUUGAGGACCAUUAUUUCUUAUCUUGCAGACAAGCAGGAAACUUUCUUGCCUCUUUUUGGACACUACCGUCAAGGGAACAACAGGAGAGGAAUAUGAGACCAUGUAGUUGGUUGAAAGUUUGACAGAAAAAGAUGCCAUCAAAACAACUUGUCAAACCCGGCAGACAUUAGCGGCAUUGAGCGAUAGCGAUCUUUUUUUGGCACAACAAUAUGAUAAAUAAUCCUGUUUUCACCGGUAUAUCACUGUGGAUUUACCAUCAAACGUCUUUGAUCAAACACCUUUUUUUGUGGCUGGAUUGUAAACCUUGUGGGAAGUGAAAUGCCUGGAAACCCUCAAUAGAUCGCCAAAAGGGGAAGCUUUGAACACUUUUCAUCCCAUAGAGAUACACAGUAAAGUUCUUGAGAAACUUUAAACAAUAUUAAUGGUGUCACGUGGGAUUGCCAACGAUCCAGUGUUCUGUAGUGUUCUUUAAACAUGCAGCAAAAUAAAACAGGCAGAUUAUAAAAUCAAAGGCAAAGGCGUAUAAACAAACAUUAACAAAAACUUGAAGGUGAUAAGAAACCUCAAAAGACAUAUGAUUAAACAAAGAUCUGGAACAAACCUGAAAUUCAAGUCAAAUCAGGAGGAGAGUCUCUUCAGUGAAAGCUUGUUUUUAAAAGGGAUUUAAAAGAGAUCACUGACUCAGGUGACCUGAUCUCCUCAGGCAGAUUGUGGGACAUGGGUCAGUCAGACAGACUUUAAUGUAUUUGUAUGCCUGCUGAUCAAACACUAUACCCCGAACCAAAGCCAGUAUCUGUUAUUUAUUGACCCCCUUUGGCUAUAUAUACAUUCUUUGUCUGUCUGAGGUCUGGCAAAGUCCCAACAUUUCUCUUUGUGACUCAAGUUGACAGGACCAAGAAGCCCAGUCAAUAUUCCAUUUAGUGCAGUGAGGCAUGGGAAGAGCCUAUUAUAUUACAGCCUCUUUGUGAUGGCAAAUUGAAAAAUUGUGCACAAUAGUUCACAAUGCCAAAAUGCUGCGAAUCUUUUGCUUACAAUGGAUCAGUUGAAGGAGAUAGUAGAACAAGUGGAGGGCAAAGCGCUCAUCCUGAGUCAGCUUUUGUAUUGAGGGUGAAGAUGAAUGAUGAUGACUAUUGAUAUCUGGAUGAGCUUUCAUAGAAUCCCAUAAAAAAAACUCUCUAAAUCCACUGAGGUGUUUUUAGUUUUCACCUUGCAGCCUUUUGCUUUUUCAGGAUUUGCAUUUAAUUCAUAAUCUUCUCGUACUAAAAGCAUUUUUCAUGUCUUCAAGCGGUUUACACUUUUCUAAAAGGACAGAGACACAUUCUCUUUAACGCACACACACAGCUUGGUUUUUUUUUUCCCCACAUAGAUCAAAAGGCAAAAAAUCUGCUGCUGCUGCCACAUCACAUGAUAAAAACUGAUGAUCCUUAGGAUUGAUUCACGAUGGGUUAUGAUUGCAUGAUAUCUGCCUCAUUGACGACUAGAUCGAUUUACGCCGCAAUGCCUGUCACCAGAUGCAUACAGCUUUCUUACCAAGAGCAGUAUGACUGCAUUCAUCAAAUUCUGCCAAUGCAGGCUUGCUUUAAAAGCUUGAGCAGCUAUGUUGCACGCCACCAUUCCCUCAAGCUGAGAACAUUGUCGAACUCUAAUGGCUGCCAAAUGUGGGCUUGGUGUGUUCCUGCUGCCUAUUAGUGAGGUGAUGCUUUGUUGUUUUAUUUUUAUAUUUUCCCAUUUCACAGAAACAAAGACACCCUCUUCUUCCUCCUCUUUCUUUUCUCCUUGAAUGUGGCACACUAUUUCUCUUUUUUCUUGCACACUCUGUCCAAUCCAAACAGAGGAGUUACCCCCCCUUCCCCUUAUUACUGACCCCAGUUCAAGGCUGUUUGAAUGUAAACAGGCAGGCUUCAUAGUCAGGGUCAUGUCUGCUCAACAACAUGGGACAGAGCUGGUUUUGGGGCAGAAGCCUUGCACAUUGCCACAGGACCUCAGUUUCUAUGCCUGGUCCUCUCUUUCUGUGUCUGAGAGGAUAUUUGAAGAACACUAGACAUCAUGUCCGAUGCAGUUACACUCACACUGACCCCUGCGGGCUCCUAGGCCAGACCCUGACACACACACACACGUACAGACACACACAGUCGCACGUACAGACACACACUUGCCUAACCUACAGCUACUAUGAGUGCAACAGCUCAAAUUAGCCAACAUGAUGCUAGAGCUUCAGUGCUUCAUUGUUCGCCAAGGCAUGCUUAACAAAGUGCUUUGACAUAUUGACAGACAUUGAAAGACAUGAUGUUUAUUCAAAUGAGUUUGAGUGAUCGACAAAAGAUCCUCUCUGUCGUUGUAGGUCCAGCAGCUCAUGGGUGGUGGUUAUAGUUAAAUGCUGAAAGCCCACUGUCAGAAUACUAAGAAGUAUGAGUAGGAGUGUGUAAGAUCUAGACGGUAAGAAUAGAGGAGAUCUUUUCAUUAUUUAGGGAGGAGAAAAUGGUGUUCCUUUUCACCAUGAAAAAAUAAUGUUGGUGGAUAAUUUAGUUCUACUAUUGUCAUUACAUAAACUGCUUUCUUGAAUUAUUGAAGCUACAAAUGGUUAGAGUCUGCUGUUCCACAAAAAAACAAAUAAGACAAAACAUCUGUUUACUGUUUUAUCAUCUGUUUAGGGCCGUUUUUAUCCUAAAAAGUUUAACACUGAUGAGACAUCGAUAAUGUUCUCUUGUGACGGUUAAAAUAGAUUAUUUUCAGUCUUUAUCAGUGGCUUUCUGUUUCACCUGUGGUUGAUGUAUCAUGUAGAUACAAGGAGCCUGGCGGGUUUGAUAUGCAGAGCUGCAGAUGUGUGAUCCACUAAAAAUAGAAAACACGUGUAAUCUACAAAGCACACGGAGAGAGCGCAUACGCCCACCAGGAUUGCAUGUUUCUUUCGGUUUUGUUGUCAUGAUAAAUAAAAGAACUCUUCUGCAGCUGGAUCUUGUCAGUGUCACAAUAGAGGAAAUGCCACAUGAUAUAUGACAGCUGAAAGGUGGCGGGAUUUUUAGAGAUUGCCCACACUCUCUUGGGAAACAAUAAACUUUUGUGUGUUGUGCAAGUUUCAAAUGUUCAAGACACAUUACAAGUGGCUCAUUAAAAUGUAGCACGUUAUUAGCAUGCCUUUGGGCUGAAUGUUGUCAAAUUUGAGUCGACUUGCUGCAUCACAUGCUGCAUUGGUCUCAUGAGUUUGGUUUCUGAUUAAAAAUUGCUCACAAGUGGCAUUCAAGGAGUUAAAUAGUUGAAAUGAGCUUCCCAUGCAAGAUAUUGUAUCUAGUAGGGAUGGGUGAUAUGGGCUAAAAACUUUAUCAUGAUAAGAUUUGCCAUUCUGGCGAUAACAAUGAAAGUCCUGAUAAAAAUCUUAUAAUUUCAAUCUAUAUUUUUGACUCAUUCUGUCUUGAGAACACCAGUUGGAGUAGUCAAAUAACAUCCGUGACCACAAGUUUAAGUAGUAGGUUAUGGAGAGAACUAAUGACAUCAAACAAGUCUCAAAUGUGAAAACAUUUUGAAUAUUUGUUGAAAACUCUUAUUGCACUGAGUGAACAGCAGCAGAUCCACUGUCUGUUGUCAAGCAUUCCUAAUUGCACUCAUUGAAGCCCCAAUCUUGAAGGAAAUCCCUCAUGUGGAGCUUCAUUCAGUAAUGAGCUGCUGAGAAACGUCCUCUUCAUUUUGCUCUGUGUGGGCUAUGGCUGCAAGUCCGUCGCUCACGCUCAUGUCAUCAACUUGCAUUUAUUAUAUUUAUCAUGAGACGGCAAAUAUUUGUCAGGGUGGAUUUUUCUGAUGAUAUAUCGUGAACAAUAUAUCGUCAACGAAUAGUUAUCGCCCAUCCCUAGUAUCUAGUCAAGGGUGACUGAUUUAAUUAUUUUAAUGAUUUAAUCAAGUGACCACCAGGAAAUUUCAUGUCUGGAAUAAUAAGGCAUUAAGGCAAAAAAAAAGUCCCACAUCACACUUUCAGGGCUACAAACCAAAGUAGACAUGCAAAUCAGAGCCAAACUCGGUUCACUUUGCCUGUUGUGUGAAAGCUGGAAGGAUUCCUAGAACCCAGACUUUGGGGGAUACUGAACAUUAUCAAAUUCAGACAUGCUGGAACUCAGUGGUCAACCCAUGGGCAGGUCUUCACAAUGUUUGCCUCACAUUAGCUGGUUAAUUCUUACAAUUUUAUUUUUACCAAAGAAAGGAAAGAAAGAAAGAAGAUUAUCUUGUUGAAGUAAACUUUUAAGUAUCCUGAAGUUUUCUUUUUGUAUAUGCAGUAAUACAGAAGCUACUGGAAAAUUCCCUUUGGUUCUUACUUGAGGGAACCUGGGCGAUUGGGCAAACUAAAUUGAACACAUAGAUCAAGUUUGUGUGAUGUUUUAUAUUGUUUAUUACACACUAAAGGAGAAAAGGGUUGAAGCCAGACUUGCCAUAGUUUGACUUUUAAUGCCUACUGUUUAACUACAGUUUUUCUGCAUGAGUCUGUGGGUCCCUGAGUGGGGUAGAAAGGUUAGGAUGGCUGACAGAGCCCCUGGAAAAUAACAGAACAUUUACAAAAGUGAGGCUCCGGGCCUUUAGAUAUCUGGCAGCGCCCUCAACAAGACCCAUACGAUAAAACCAUAGAGAGCACAGGUCUGAGCUCUGAGCUCUGUUAGAGAUAACAUCCUUUUACUGAUUGGCAGAGACAUCAGGUUGCUAAAGGGCAGAGUUGAUCAAUUCAUAUUUUUAGAAAUUUGUUGCUAAGGCUCUUUGACUGUAGGUCAAAGUAAGCCAGCUCUUACAAACAUGAGGACGGUCCACAAAGUAGCAGCUGUGGCAUAUGCCCACAUGAUUGCAUCUGCAUGAGAAGUGAGCAGCAUUAGAUGGAGAGGCAGAAGUGAUCCCUCACUCUCUUCCUCUUAUCUACCAUCAUUACCACAACACAUGACUGUAGCGUGCACUCUUUUCUUCUGAAAUAUAUUGACCCUGAAAGCAGUUUACUACCUGCCUCACUGUGUAUGCGCAUGAUGCAGACUUUUCUCGUGUUGCGCUGAGGAAACCGGCAAAAGGUUGUUGAUUUGUUGAUUUAGUAAGAGGUGUUUUUGAUUCAUCCAAGAAUAGAAAAGUUGACACAGUAAUCCUUUUUACUCACUAUCUCUGGCUAACUUUGUGUGCAAACACUCAGAGCUUCUUUAUGUAACAGGUCACAUGAUGACAGACUGGACCUUAACUGAGGAAAUAAAGUUCACGCUCAACAAAUAAACCCAACUGAAUUUGAAUUGUUUCACUUUCUUCUUUAAAUGUAAUAACCUCGUCCAUGUUAGUGUGAUAACAGGAGGUAAAACUUAUCCACAGGCAGCAACACUCUCAGUGUAAGCUUCUCUCAUGACUGGCUGGGAGGACGUCUUGCUACUUCAGGGUUGCACUCAUUAAGUCAGCAGCUUUAUAAGCUUCAGAGAUACUUGAAAGUUGAUCCAAGUAAAGUCAUAGACAGAAUCAGUGGCUCCUAACGCUGUGUUUUGCUGAGUCAGAUAUAUGCGUCUGAGUGCGAGCUGAACAUCAGAUUGAUUGGAAAGAGCAUCCAGCAGCAGACCUUGGUGUUUUUACUCGACUCCCUCCAGGGCCGUUUCUUUAGCUGACCAAUAAUCGUGAAAUCUUUCAUCUGUUUUUAAACCGUCUUUAAAAAACCUCAGACUGACUCUGCAGGACUGUUGCCCUUUAGUAGAUCAAAGUAGUGAUGCACACAGAGCUCUUCAAAUCUGGUGCUUAUUAAAGACCAAAGGGUACUAUUUUUGUGAUCAUUAUUGAGAAGCUGGCAAUGAGAGGCAAAGUUUUUUUUUUGUUGACUUUUUUAAGAUCUAAUUCCCACUUAAGAGACCCCCAAAGCAACAUGAAAACAGCCCAUCUAUAAACAUCUUAGUCAACAAAGAAACAUAAUGACAUUUAAGUCUGAAGGGUUUGAUUAUGCUGUUUGUUGAAUCUUCCACGCUCAUUGAAAAAGUUGUGUCAAUAUUAACCAUAGUGCCAUAUGUUAGUUUUAUGCCGCUGCUGCUAAUGAAUCAGCUCAUUUGUCAUUCCUCAGUGCUUUGUCGUUUUAUCUGCGUGUGGAUUUGUGGGUAAUGAAAGAAACACAGGGUUUAGGACCACAGUAGUGAUGGUGUUUAUCCUGUUUAAAGCAGAUACACUCCUGCUCACCAGCCUGAAACAAGGGGCCUACCUGGCUUCAUAUUAUUAACUCACUCACACAGAGGGUGGGAUAGACUCGCACACUCUCCGAAGAGUGUGUACGUGUUGUGUGAAAGAGAGAGAGGAAGGUGCAGAGCAGUCCUAGACAGUGCGUGACGGUGACCGCUUUUUAAUUCCAGCUGUAAUGUGCAGGAGGGAGCGAGUGCCGCAGUAAAGCACAGGCGGCACCUCCUUUACUUCCUUUUCUCUCGCAUACAAUGGCGUAGUACGUCGAGUACAAUCUUAUCACGAUCUGUACUGUACCUCCGUUCCUCACUGUCACUUCAUAUCAUACCGGUGGCUGUAAUGUCGUCCUGUUGUGUGACCCAGUGGUUCCCAGCCUCUCCUCCUGUUCUCCUGAAUAAUAAAAGACACAAGCCGUCAUCCUGACUGCGCUGUUGCUCCGAGGCCAGCUUGCCUGUCUCCCAGGUGCCGUUCUGCACGUGGCUCCAAACCGCCAGCAGCAACCACUGUAUCAGUUUACCUCGCUGCCCAUAAUCCAAAUCUUCACACAGUUCUGCUCAUUAAGCAUUUCCAAGUCUGCUCUACGCCCCUUACUACUCUGUAUUUUGCACAUGCUGAGCUGAUUCUUGAAUGCCCUGGAUCGAAAAAGCAGCAUCUCAUGUUAUUUUUUAAUGUUGUUACAAGGUUUCUGCGCUCAUCUUACAGACGCAACCAGGCAGUGCCAUGGUGGUUUACGAUAACUGCCAUGCUGUGCUAAUCCUGUUGUAAUAUCUCACCCUGCUAAUGCAAUAUUCAUAUAAGUGCCUCAGAGUCCUAUGAUGGUUGUCUAUUAGUCAUUAUAUGACAGUAUGUUUUAUUUAAAUCCAGAACAGGGAAAUCCAAAGCAGUGUGAACACAGUGUGCAGAGCUGUAAAACAGUCUACUGCGUUGAAAUAUCUUUUAAAUAAAGUUUGGUGUGAAUGUGGAGUUCCCCAAACAUGUUAUGUAAAAUGUCAGGGUGUUUUGCAGCAAUAUUAGGCCCUGUAUGCUUCUGUGUUGUUAUUAAUGUUGUUUUUUGUUGCUACAUCUGAUUCUCUGUGUGUCUUCCUAGGCCUACGGCUCAGGUUGUGAUGUGGUGAUCUUGGCGAGCGACUUUGACUGUGUGCAGAUUAUCCCUGGAGCUCAGAAUGGGAACAUACAGGUGGGCUGUGUGGAGUGCUCCCACCAGCUUGGCAGGGUAAGUGUUGACUGCACAGUCAGACACACUCCCACAUGCAGUUUUCAUUUUUCCAUCAAGCCAGAAGACAUUCUGAAUUACCCCGAGCAUUAAGAAGUACAUUUAGCUUUGCAUUCGCUGGUGUUUUACUGCCCAUCCUACCCUUCUUAUUGCUAUCCUGCUCUCCUGCACCACUCCCCACCUACCCCUCUCCUGAGGGAAUGGCUGAAGCACUGAUGGGGUGAGUAAUGUUUUGAUGAUGAACACAGCUCUUUAUUUUUAGAUUGCUGCGUCCUACGGAAAUACAGUCUGCAUCUUUGAACCUCUUUCUACCAACCCAAACAAACGCCACAAGGUGAGCAUGCUUCUCAGUCCUGUUCAGGGGUUUGAAUCAGUCUAAUCGUGUGAUUAUGAUUGUAUGCCAAUAACAUUGCAUGGUGUGUGUUGCUCUCCUGUCGCUAACAGCAGCUUAACUAUCAGUGGCAAAAGACAGGACAGUUCUUCCUCGAUGCCAUCACCUACAACCUGGCAUGGGACCCACAAGGUACACCAGUGCUUUCUGUGUUUAACUGAUUCCCUCCCUGUGUGAUGAAGUAAACGCUUGAUACUCGCAUAUCCUAUUACAGCCCACCCCAGUUUGUCUGGAACAACGUGUAUUAUGUAAGAGUCAGAGUGUGCAUGUGGCUCUGUGUUCUGUGGUCGUCAACGUGGGACGAGAGGUGUGUAACAUUGUGCUUUUUGUGUCCUCAGGGAACCGUAUCCUAGCAGCAACCGAGCGGCUCCAGCUGUGGGCUCCUCCGCUGACAGAUGCCCUGAUAGAGGAGGAGGAUGGGCAGCUGAUGGAGGACAAGCCCCACCCUGUCCUGAACGACUGGAACUGUGUCUGGCAGUGCAAGUACGAUUUAGCUUUAGCUAAAAACACCCAAUGUGAUUGACGGGCCAAAAAUCUUUGCUGCUUCAAGGUUACAUUCAAUAGGUCAAGAGCAAGAACAAAAUCCAAAGAUGAUUUGGUAGCCAGCCAAGAGCGUUAUUCAGGAAAGCAGCUGGCUUUGGAAGUAAAUGUUUUCAUAGAGCUGUCUGUUUGGAAAGCAAAGGCAGAAUAUCCUGACAGUGAGCAGAGCAGUAAAUUGAUUUGACCGAGUGUCAUGCAGACCUGUGUGUUUUACCUCAUUGUCCUAUUCUCAGCCUUGCUCUUUUGUUUUGUUAAUGCCGAUUGAUUGUAGGUGAAAAAAGACUUCUUUCCUUGUUUAUUGACAGCUUUCCCCUGAAACUCAAGGUCAAAUUUAACUGUCGUGCUCAAUUUUUGGCUUUGAAUAUCCUUUAAGUAAAACAGGAGCCAAAUGUUUGUUUGACACUAUUGCUGACAUGCUUUCUUUUUAUCAUGCAUUGUCUAAGUAGUCCCAUAUUAUUAACUCUAUCUCAUCCCUUUAAAAGUUGUAUCAUAGCACACUUUUUGAGUAAUAAAAACUUAUCCUGUAACUGAUUAUACAAACCUUUCUGCAUAUAGAUUCCAGUGAAAGGCUUUUAUGUACUGUUGAAAGCCAUCCCUUUGAAUCAGUGGCAUAUGCUUAAAGCUGUGUAAACAGACACACAGACAAAUAAUACCAUGUUAGUAAUUGUCACCUGAUGACACGUGCGCAUACUGCGGAUAUGGACUAAAAGGAGAAAUGCAUCCUCUGAAAUGACCAGCUCUCGGCCAUGUACAGUGUAACCACAAAAACCCAGUGACAGCUGACUCUCUGCAGAAGGGUUUCCUGUGCAGAAGUGAAUUUAGCUGAGAUCAUUGUUUAUGUCUGUGUCUCUCAGGACUGCUGCAUCUGUUCACAUUGCCAAGUGGUCUCCUGACGGGGAGUAUUUUGCAACAGUUGGGAAGGUAUACGGCUGCAAAAAAUAUUGUUCAACAUUCUUGGUAAUCUGGAGCUCACUGGGGAUGUUUGUGUUAAUGCAUUUUUUUUUGCAUGUAUUUGCAUAUACAGGAUGACUGUUUACUUAAGGUGUGGUAUCCCACCACGGGUUGGCGUUCUGCAGUGGUGGUCCAGGACCCCUCCGAUAAAAAGCCUCCCCUCGUCCACUUCUCCUUUGUUUACCUGGCCCACCCUCGCUCUGUCACUGGCAUGUCCUGGAGGAAGACCAGCAAGUUCAUGCCCAAGUAAGAAACAGCAGAUAGGAAAACACAGCAGCGAUUGACAGGAGUAGUUUUUGUGACUUUUGGAGCACAUGCUAGCUUGUGUUCACAAUUAGGGGCUGCACGUUUUAUCAUGAAUAGAAACAACUUGAUUCUUAGGCCUCCAAAUACCUGGUAUGCUAUGCUCUUGUGGUCGCUCUACAGUGAUGUGCUCAAAUGCUGGAGUGAAAAAAAUGCAAUUUAUGUAUUUAACGUAAAAUGUAGAUUUUUUUAGGACAGCUUUUAAUGAUCUACACUGAAUUCUCACACCUGCGCUCAGGUUGAGGACAGACUGUCCUUUACAAAACUGCUGUUGAAUCCUUACACAGUAUCUGACCACCACCAGUAAUUCUGUGUCUAGUGCUUUGGUUUUUCUUUUUUUCAGCUUUCAGGGGAAAAAAAAUGAAAUGGGUGGCAGCCAGGGACUCAGAGUUCACCGUUUGGCUGUUCCACUGACUGAUUUCAUUAAUUUAAUGCAGUCUCUCUUCAUAUUUCACUUUUGCCUUUCCUUUCUCCUCCAGCAAAAGAUCUCUGGUUAGGGACAGAAUGUAGUAAAGCCUCUGAUACAGAUUUUAUUAGAUCCAUUCACGUUGUAUUUUUUGGCUUUCACAAAGAUCCUUUAAAUAGUUUCUCAGUUUUGUGUACCAAUAUGUAGCGUAGUGGAUUUAAGAAUCAUGCCGGUUGUUUCUUCUUAGGCAGUGAGAAUCUUGAGUUAUCAAAUUUUAUUCCUCCCACUUGCACGCCUACUUUAGCUUUCUUUCUUUUUUUUUUUUUUAACAGUUUAAUGAAUCGUGUCCAAAGUGGGCGUUGUUUGAUGCAUCAGGUCUUUUAGAAAAUAGUUAAAUGGUUUCAGAGGUUAUAAAGCCACACACCCCUGCUGUUACAGUCCCAACACUUCAUGCCUCAUUAUAUUUUCCCUCAACACCUAAAUCUGUCUCUCUCGUUCAGAUUUAAAAUGUUUACGUUCGACUUAAACAGGCUGAUCAAAAGCAGCAUAGACGUCACUCAAUGUGUCACACAGUCUCAUUCUGCUGUUCUUAUUUAGGGGUUCUGUGUGCAAUGUGCUGCUGACGUCCUGCGAGGAUGGUGUGUGUAGGCUGUGGUCAGAGACCCUGCUACCAGAAGACAGCCUGCUUGGAGGACAGAUAUCUGAGAACACAACCUCCUUCAGCUCCAGUCUGCCAGGCCUGGCAGGAAAUAAGGACAAGAUCCAGCAUGCUUUGGAGGUACACUCGCUUAAAUCAUCUGAUCCUCCCUGGACAAACUCAUCAAAGGGUUUAUGAGAUACUUUGUUUGAUAAUGAAAUAACAUCAGACUGUUCUCUGGGUUCAAUUUCUAAACUGUGCUUCUUUAGUCAAUCCAUCACCUGAAGCAUCUUCGCCGCGGCCGCCGACGGUCCUCCGCUUUGGUGGCUCACAGCGAGCUGCUGCCUUCUCAGCUUGGCACACAGGAUGCACACACUCACCGCCACAUUGCACACCAUGCCAACGCGCUGUGUCACUUCCAUAUCUCAGCCAGUAUUAACCCCAACACAGGUAGGGGGGCUGCCGAACAUUUUUGUAUUUCUUCGCUAUAAAAAUUGAUGUCAUAGUAUAAUCUUGUUGCCUCAGACUGUGCCUGCAAAAACAGCCCGCAGAGGCUGCGUUAUUCUUUUUUAUUGCCUUUGUUCCUCUUUAUAUGAAACUUAAUGAAUUAAUAAUAAAACUGCUGCAACACAACAGUAAGCCAUUAACAGCAGAAUUUGUUUUUAGAUAUGAAGUGAGAAGUGCAACGGAGUGAUACAGCAGAAAUGACUAGUGACUGGAAAAAACUGAAUCACAUCAGAGAGCAUGACAUUUAAUACAGCUGUGAGCUCAGUAGAAGUGUUAGUUAUAUAUCAUUUAACCUUUUCCCACCGUCAGUCAUCCAGAUCUCCCUCCCUCUGCCUGUUGCAGAUAUCCCAUCAGUUCUGGCUGACUCUGCAGUGUUCAACCCAGAUGACGGCACUGGGGGUGGAGGCUUUGUGGUUCACUGGCUUAACAACAAAGACCUCAGUUUCACUUCCUCUAUGGACCUCUUCAUGCUGCAGCUCCGGAAGUUCUCUGAGCAGCAGCUGGAGCAAGGCACUGAGGACCCCCUAGAUCCUGAGGGAUCCCCAAUGAAGUUUGACUUUGGUAUGACCCACAAUAUUGCAGCACACGUAUCUCAGAACAUAGCAGCAUGAAAAUAACAACACAAUCCUCUGUUUCUCCAGACCUGGAUGAGAUGUCUGACAAAGCCUCCUCAGAGCAGGGGGAAGAGGGUGAGGCGGGGGAACAGGGAAGCACUAAGGCCUCCUCACCUGGAUCCAGCUCCAGCAUGCCUUUGCCCUCCAUGCUGCUGGAGAGGAAGAUGGAGACUCUGACUACAGAGUGGAACAAGAGCCCUGACAUGCUGUUCACCAUCCACCCUGCUGACGGAUCCUUCCUGGUCUGGCAUGUGAAGUACCUGGACGAAUUCAACCAGGGCAUCUUCAGACAGGUUCAGGUGAGUCAGGAAUUCACAACAUGAAGAAGUUUCUGUUUGCAGAUAUCACAGGUCAGCAAUCAUUUUCCAAAGAGUUAAUGUUGUUCAGUCGACUUAAUAGUCUGUCACACACACACACACACACACACACACACACACACACACACACACACACACACACACACACACACACACACACACACACACACACACACACACACACACACAAUCGGAGCUGUGUGGCUGUCGUUAAACUUUGUAUUAACUGUAAAGUGACUCAGCAGCACUCCCCCAGCGUUAUAUAAGAUUUCUAGUAUUGAGCAGACAUGCUCCUCUGUGCAUGUGGGCUGUCCAAACUCUGUGGGGUCUUGGUUCACAAAACAACUUUCACCAGUUUUUCUAAAGUUUAUCGGCUUCUUUUAAUGCUUGAAAUGUUCAUGUUCAAAAAUGUAAAUGUUCAAACUUUUCAGUCAAGUUAUCACCCGGUAAUUAUCUAGUUCUUGUGUGCAAAAGUUGUUUUGAGAUAUUUCAAAUGAUUGAUUAGGCAAGUUGAAUUCAGGUUUUGUGACCUUCUUAUUUAUUCAUUUUCUGACUUUAUUUGCCGUAUCGGGAGAAAACAGGACUGUGGAUAGGCUAGGAAACAGAGAGAUCGAGGAGAGACGUGAGAAAGAUGUGACAGGCUGGGAGCCAACCUGAGCUGACCGUUCAAGGCGUAACCUGUGUUUAUGGGCUCACAGACUGCAAGGCCAGCAGUGCCCCUGUAUAUAAACAUAAAAAAAUAAUUGUCCUCUCAUGGUUAUAAGCUGCGUAAAAGAUACAAUGCUUGUUCAAUCAGCCAUGCAACAGAAAAACCUGCCGUCAAGUUGCUCACUGAAUUAAUUAUAAUAAAAUGUUGUUUGUCAUUGAAACAGUAAAGAUUUAAAGAUGGUGGCUAUCACUGGUUAAAAAAAGAGUCUUCAACCUCUAAAAUUCAAAAUAUUUCAGAGGGAAAAACUCAAGAAGUCCAAGUCUGAAAUUAGUGUCACUCUUUGUCGUGCCUGUUUUAUUUCCUUGUUCACAUACCCAGAUCUUCACCUUGAUAUGUAACGAGAUGCUCAGGCUGUAGCGCUCUGCAGUCCUCUUGUCCUCCUCAGCCUGCUUGUGCUGCGGCACUGCACUCAUCUAACACAACAGAGUACUUCUACCUCUAGCUGAUAGGGAUCCUUUAAAAUAUGCUUGGAUUGGCCCAGAUAAGAUCUGCUGCGGGUAUCUUUAACAAAUAAGUUCACACAGCAUUUCUCAAGUCUGUUCUUUUUGUGAUUACUUGGCUUGGACUGCAGCGAUGCAGAGCUACGUUCAGUCUCAUACCUGUAGCUGUCUUGUUUUCUUAUCAGAUCAAAAAAAAGACUAAAGACCUUUCAGCAUGUUGUACUCAGAGCUUGGUUUUCCUUUGUGCACAUGUGAGGCACAUGCAGACUGUGAAAUGUAAACUAUAUAAUGCUUUAUGUGUUUAUGGUAUAGCUUUAAGUAUGGUUGUUAUUGUUGCAGCUGAUGAACUGAGAAGCUGACAUCACACUGUAUAAAUUGUUAAUUAGGUCUCUGUAGAGGUGAAGGACCAUCGAGGAUAUAAACCUGUAGUAAUGCUUUGAUUCUCUUCUAACUCUCCCUUCAGGUGUCUUUCUCGUCUCGUAUUCCUGUGGCUUUUCCUACCGGCGAUGCCAACUCCCUGAGUAAAAACAUCUUGAUGUACGCCUGCACUCUGACUGAGAAUGAGAGCGCCGGCUCAGUCGAGCAGGGGAGGAUGGCCUCUCGCGUGUCCCACUCUGCUUCAGCCUCAGCAGGCCUGGGCUCACCCGCCCUGGCCUCCUCUCCCAGCCCUCGCCCUGGUAUCAGUCCUGCGGUCAUGAUGGUCUCUAAGCAUGUUGAUGGAUCUCUCAACCAGGUAAAGGAGUGUAACAGAGUAAAAUUCAUAAAAUUCACAACAGCACCGAAGUAUCUUGUCAUAACUAAAUAAAAUUGAGAGUGUUGUGUUUGUACCUCUUAAAAAUUCAGCCCUUCUCCUGUCUGUGUUUGGUUCCUCCUAUCUGCAGUGGGCAGUGACAUUUGCUGAACGUUCUGCCUUCUCUAACGUGCUGACGGUCUCACACAAGUUCAGAUACUGCGGUCACCGCUUCCAUCUGAACGACCAGGCCUGCCACACAGUGCUGCCUCUGCUGCUAACAUCCUCUCACCAUAAUGCCCUGCUCACCCCGCCCUCAGCUCCGGGCAGCCUGGAAGGAGAGCAGCCUCCAACCUUUCCCAUACCAAAGGGACUUCCUAGGUAUAAACGCAUGGAGAGAAGAGACAGAAAACAGUGAUAAAAAUUAUAUAACCAUAAAGAUAGGCCAAAGAGCACAGAUGCUUCUUGCUGUAACACGUUGUGACACGCUUCCAUAUUUGAUGGUCUUAUUAUGCUCUGCAUGAAACAUGAGCUCUGUGACAACAUUACUUUUCCAUUAGCAGGAAACAGCUUCGCAAUGCAGCUACAAGGACCUUCCAUGAUCCCAAUGCUAUCUACAGCGAGCUGAUCUUGUGGAGGGUGGACCAUAUUGGACCUUUGUCCUGCACUGGAGGGGUCUCUGAACUGGCCCGUAUCAACUCUCUGCACACCUCUGCCUUCAGCAAUGUUGCUUGGCUGCCUACGCUCAUACCCAGCUCUGUGCUUGGUAAACACACCAUGCAUUUCAAAUAUAUAUGUGCAUUUGAACCUGAGGGAUUAAUGACGGUGCAGAAUCCUUUCUGUGACGAGUAAAUGCUUAUUCAGAGCUGUAUGAUGGAGGAGCACAAUCUGGCCAUCUGCUAUUGCUCAUAGAGCAAUACAAUAUUAGGUUCACUUGUCAGGACAGAGCUCAGCUAAAUUAAUUCACGUUAUAUAAUGUCUUUCCGGCCACAAGAGCACAUCUCCAAUGCUGUGCAGUCCAGUCCAGUCCUACAAACUCUGUGUUUUGUCCCUCAGGAACUUACUGCAACAGCGCCAGCGCCUGCUUCGUGGCAUCAGAUGGCAAAAACCUGCGUCUCUAUCAGGCUGUGGUGGACGCCAGAAAGCUACUAGAUGAGCUGUCAGAUCCCGAAACGUCUGUGAGUGAACACGCACGCACACACACACACACACACACACACACACACACACACACACACGCACGCACGCACACACACACACACAAAAACACCACCAACAACAACAACAACACACACGUAUCAUAGAGCCCUAGAAUAAACACACUCAUUGUGCUCAUUGGGAUGUAGUUAUCUCUGUUCAGGGACUCUGUGCAGGGAGUUAACUGAAUUUGGGUCUUUGUGUAUCACGAUGUGAGUCUGUGGAGCUUUUGUCACUAACGACCAGGUAAAGAGUCCGCUGCAGGGUUGUGCAAUGCAAUCAAGAGUGCAUCAAUCUUGACAAAUGAAAGAUCUGAUAUUGCGUAACCAAAUUAUUCCCUGAUAUUGAAUCCAUGUUCCAACCCUGAUUUUCAGCAUCUUACUGUUUAUUUGACUAAGAUUGUAUUUAAAAACUUUGUUAUUUCACAACGAGAACACUCUGUCCCCAUCAAACACUCAGAUCUAAUAUUUUACUGUAAGUGGAGCCGUGUUCUUUCAUAAGCACUUUCUUCCAUACUCUCCCUUCUUAACAACAAGCAGCCAGAUUUCUCUGCACUUUCUCAGUAAAUCAUUAUUUCCACAUUAUUUCUUUUAGCACAGUUAUGGUUUCAGAUGCAGCAAAGUAAAUGGACAGUUUACCAUUUCCUGUGUGUGUGUCUCUGUUUAGAAACUGGUGGGCGAAGUGUUCAACAUCGUCAGCCAGCAGUCCACUGCCAGACCUGGAUGUAUCAUCGAGCUGGACGUCAUUACAAACCAGGUUAGGAGCUUCCCCGUGUUUUUUACACCUACCACAAGACAGUGAAACUCAAUGCUUGAAAUCCGGAGACAUUUUAAUCAAUAGCCAUCGUAACCUGUUUGAAUGUGUCUCCAUGUCCAUUCAGUGUGGUGCCAACACCCAGCUGCUGCAUGUCUUCCAAGAGGACUUCAUUCUAGGUUACAAGCCUCACAACGAGCCAGAAGCAUACACGUCAGCCUUCCCAUGUGGUGAAGGUAGAGUCCGCUGUUUGACCAAAGUUCUUUUUGGUUCUGUUUCCUUUAACCUUAAUGAAUCUGAAUCUUUAUUUAAUGAAAGACAUAGAUAGCUAAGGCUUCAUUUGACUGUAUUUAGUUUCUUUACAGUUGUAGUACUGCUGUCCUCUUCUGUUCUUAUGUUUUAUUUCUAUUUUUAUACUGACAUUAAUGCACCGACUACACUAAUACAAAUUCCUUAUGUGAGUUAACCUACAUGAAAAUUCUAAUUCUGAAUAUCCAGAUUUCCAGCCUGCUCCAUUCUCUGAGAAGUUCUUCCUGGUGGUGAUAGAAAAGGAUCUCAACAGAAACUCAGUCCUGCAGAUGUGGCAUCUGCACCUUAAAUCUGUGCAGGCUUGUGUUGGUAUGUAGAGUUCACACAACCGAGCUCUUAUUUGCAUAAAUGAAAUUUUUCUGGAUAUUUAUAAGCAUGCAAGCAUGAAUUUUUAAUGUGAAGCCUACCAUUUUAUCUACAUCAAAGUGCCUCUACCAAGCUAAAAUAUUCCUGUAUCUGUGCCCAGAUGAGCCAAGCCCAGAUUUCAGCUCCCAGAGCCAGCUCAUGGUUCCCAAUCAGGCUGUGAACCCAGACUCUUCUCCAGAGACAUCACCUGUCAGACCUCUGCCACGGUCAGCCUCCACGGCCAACCUACAAUCAGCCAGCAAACUCAUUCUCAGCUCCAAGCUCGUGUACAGCAAGCGGCUCGACCUGCCUCAUGGGGUGGAGGUUACCAGGGCAACCCCUUCUGCAGGUUGGAAUGGGCACACACUUCUCACACAUAUGACUCAUAUGUUACUGUUCCCAGUUUGAACCAAGAAAAAAACAAAACCUGCUUUUUCUGCCUGAAAGUGGCUAUCUGAUAGAGCCCUAAAGAUCUGCAUUGACUUUUAAAGGACUGGAAAAAAAACAUAUUAGUGAUAAAACAAGAAAUGAGGCAGAACUGCAACAUUAACACCUGCCUUCAUGCUGUCUUUUGUUUCUUCUAGGUCAUCUUAGUUCCUCCUCCAUCUACCCCGUGUGCCUGGCUCCGUACCUGAUUGUUACUACCUGCUCUGACUCUCGCGUGCGGUUCUGGCGCUGUGCUGUGGAGGGUGAUGAAGGGUUUAGUGAAGAUGACAGAGACAACCGGGCAUACCGCUGGGAGCCCUGGGUCCUGAUGAAUGAGGAGGAGGACAACAACAGCGCUGUUGGCGUGUCGGGGCGGCCUGUAGCUGUUUCCUGCUCCUAUAUCGGCAGGCUGGCUGUGGCCUUUAAAAAGCCACGACAAGGGCAGGUAGGAAAUGAGAAUUUGUCUCCAUGAUAGUGUUUUAAAACUCGUUUUAUUGUAGAGAUCACCUUAUGGAAAAACCAUACAAUGAAAAUGUAAAUACAGUGAGUAAAUGUAAUAAGUUUUAGAGUCUGGAGCCUCAAGAAAUAGAUAAAAAUACCAAACGUCAGCAUAUUUACAUUUAUGGGAAGCACAGAAUGGCAAGAGAGGAAUGUGAAAACAUACACAUAUCCAUGGUCCACUAUACAGGGCAGUGUUUAAAGUCUGCACUGACAAUCAUUAACCAUUAGUCACAGAGAAAUGAUAGAGCCUGACUUUCUGAGGAUCUACGUCCUUGCAGCUGCUCUGUAGGUAGAGCUGAAUGUCUUUAAUCUAAGACUGAGAUCAGGUCCACAAACAACAGUCAGAGCUUGGGUGUAUUUAAUGAUGUGAUGCAGGAUAGACGGCACCAGCAGGGCGUUGUUAUGAGCCCAGAUCACUUUGCCUUGUGAUUACAGCAAGCCUGGUUUAGUCACUCCAGUGUUUCCAGAGAGUUCGAAUGUAUUUCUGGUCCUAGCUGACUUGGAAAAAGGGGCAGAGAAGAAGCGAGCGUUCUCAUGUUGUUGCUCAGACGUCACACAGACACAGACAUUUCUUUCUUUCAGUCGCUAAGUGACUGUGAACAACAAAUAACUGAACAAUGAUGUAGCCUUAAAGGUAUAUUCAGUAGAAAUGAAAUGAGUUUGUUCAGUGCUACUGUAUAAACACUAUGAUACAAGAUGAUGGUGCCCGCGGAAGUGUUAACAAAAACAAAACAGUUUUACAUUUAAGUGAUCGGACACUUUCUUGAACACACUCAUGAAUAUCAUGAUUUCUCUACAGUCUGUUUUUAAGUCUGUUCUGCUGAAUGCUGCUGUAUCCCAGCAUCUCAGAGUGUAACUCAGUGUCCUUUUUUAAAUCUCUUGUUAAAACCCACUUCUGUCGUUUGGCUUUCUCUUGAUCGUUGGCUUUAUUAGACGAGUCCUUAGCCUUAAAUCAUCAAGUAUUGGAUUUGAAUCUUAUCAGUUUAUUUAUUUGUACUCUUUUUGUUUGUUUUUGAUUUUUAGCUCUCUGUAACUUGUUUAUGAAAAGUCCUGCAUACUGUAAAUUAGGGCUGGGAUGAUAGGCUUUUCUCCUGAUUUGAUUCUUCUACAAUUCUUUAGAUGCCAAUUUGAUUUAAAUUGCGGUUCUACGAUGUUGUAGAUUUUUUCAAAUUUUAGUCUGCAUUUUUAACACCAGUUAAACAGUUGAAUGAUUAUGAUUGUCUACUGACUGUUCCAGGAAACAUAUUUCCCCCCAAAAUACACAUCACAUGUAAGUCAGUUUUUAAGAUUUAUUCUUAAAUUUGAAAAAAUAAAAAAUUAAAAUCGAUUUUUGAACGUAAAAAUUGAUUUAAAAAUUCUAAAACAAAAAAUCGUGAUACUUAUGUGAAUUGAUUUUUUUUCUCCCAGCCCUACUGUAAAUGACAUUUUUAUUAUAAUUAUUGAAAUAAUUGUAUUAUACGCACUAUUCCUUUAAUGUCAUCUCCAUCAGCUGGGCUUCUUACAGGCUUGGGUAUCACUAUUUGAAAAGAGCUGAGUCCCUUAGAUUGACAGUGUUCUCUUGGGACUGUAGAUGAAUCAGGUAAACUUGAAUCCAUCAGUUUGAGGACAAACCUGUGCAGCAGACUGAGGUGUUCAUGAUACUAACCAUUCAUGAACUCUAGAUAGAUUCUAUUCAGGACCUUGGCCAGCUGUCUCCUCUUUGGAGAGAAGCCAACAACAAUCCUUCCUCAUGCGUAUGAUCGUGUUUUGACUCAGAGUGUGCACAGAGCGAGUGCUAUUCACAGACAGGUCUGUGCAUUGUGUUUGUGAAAGAGAGUGAGAGCAGGGCAAAGAGGGGCUGAGUAAAUCAAUGUGCCGUGUGCAGCAAUACAAUGAAACAAGAUUUUACCCAUUCUUAAUGGCAAAAAAGCAGAAAAUCAAUAUGUGGCGGUCAAUGUUGAUAUUGUAGCAGGCCGCCACAACAAAUCAAUGUAUGGGAAACACGGUGUUCACAGUGUCUGCAGUAUUUUUAGAUUUGAUGGACUCGAAGAAAAUAAGACUUUAAGAAGUGUCCCUUUUGCUCUCAGCUGCAGGGCUCUGGAGAGGACUUCUCCAUGCAUGUGUCCAUCUAUGAGUGUGAGUCCACUGGUGGAUCAGAGUGGGUUUUAGAGCAAACCCUCCACCUGGAUGACUUUACCAGACCCACCUCAACUCUGGAUCCCAGAGUCAGCGUGGACUCCAACCUCUUUGUCUACAGCAGGUAAGGGUUAGAGAACACUCCUUGUGUGUUUUUUAUCAGCAUCUAUGUUUUUCUAAAGUCUCAUGAAUUAUUUCUUUUUAUCCCCUUCAGGUCUGACCUGUACAUGACCAGGGACCACAGCUCCCCCAACAUAAAACACUAUGUCCAUCUGGACUGGCUGUCAAAGGAGGACGGAUCUCACAUCCUCACUGUGGGAGUGGGCUCUAACAUCCUCAUGUACGGUCGUAUCUCUGGCAUGGUCAACGAGCAAACAAGCAGCAAAGAGGGAGUAGCUGUCAUCACCCUCCCUCUAGGGGGCAGCAUCAAACAGGGCAUCCGCUCUCGCUGGAUCCUGCUGCGCUCUGUGGACCUGCUGUCCUCUGUGGAUGGCACACCAUCUCUGCCAGUCUCCCUGUCCUGGGUGAGGGACGGCAUAUUAGUGGUGGGCAUGGACUGUGAGAUGCACGUGUACGCUCAGUGGCAUCAGGACAAGAAGCCUGGAGAGGGAGACGAGGGCAACCUGUCAUGUGCAGACAUCGCAGGAGGUCAGACAGCUUCUUCCUCAGUCUUUGAGGGCAGAGCGAGGUCGAAGAGUGUUUUUGAAGGAAACACAGCUGUGGAUGAGGCUCUUCGGGCUCCAGCGGGACUUCAAGAAGGGGGGCUGUUUGAAGCAGCUCAUUCACUGUCACCGACGCUCCCCCAGUACCAUCCUACCCAGCUGCUGGAGCUCAUGGACCUGGGCAAAGUUCGCAGGGCUAAGGUGAAUAUCUGCCCUAUUUAGCUGCACUGAAACAUGCUAAAUGUUGACUUGAAGUGCAAGUCUGUCAAGAGUGAAACAAUAAAUCUUUAAAUAUUGGGUUAUAUAGUACAGGGCGCCCCCAUUUCUGGUGCAAACUGCUGUUUAAUCCUCUGCGUCUCUAUUUGUCAGGCCAUCCUUGCUCACCUGGUGAAGUGCAUUGCUGGUGAAGUUGCCGUGGUGAGGGAUGUGGAGGCUGGUGAGGGGGGAGCCAGGAGACAUCUGUCCCGGACCAUCAGUGUGACUGGCAGCACAGCAAAGGACACCAUCGUGGCGGGCCGCGACGGGGGCAGGGACUACACCGAGAUCAAUUCCAUCCCUCCCUUGCCCCUCUACUCCCUCAUGUUGGCAGACCUGGACACAUCAUACAAAGGAGCAGAGGACGCUGCUAAGGGAGCCAAGGGGCCUGAGGGAGAUGGAGUCCAUAAGUCCAAGGAGGACCAGUACUCUGACCUUUUCCAGGUUGGCAGAGUUAAAGAGUUAGGUUUGGUUACAGAGGCUGGAGUCCACUAAUACUAUUAACUCAUUUCCUCCUGUGUUUAAAGGUGCCAACUGUUACCACCGAUGACUUUGUGAACUUUGCCACCGACAAACCAGAGAAGAAGUCACGUGUAAUCAACCUUUCACAAUACGGACCAACCUACUUUGGACCUGAGCAUGCUCAGGUAAUGCUGCGUCUUUUAGGAGAGAAUAGAUUUUCUAGAGAAAAUAGGGAGGUGGUGCGAUUAAUCUUGAUUAUUCAUGAUUACAUCUGAACAAGUUUUCUAUUCAGAUUGUUUUGAAAGUGGUUUACAAAGAGGUUAUAGGCUGUUCAUAAGAGAUAUUUAAUGGAGUGUUCUGUUAGAACCAGCAACACAGUAAAAACCAUCCCUGCACCGUACUUGCCCAAUAUUUUGCAUGAUUUAUUUUUCCAUUAUUGCAACAUAUUAUUACAUUAUAAUAUUAUGCUAAUCCGCACAAAUAACCUGGUUACUCCAGGAAAGCCUUGACUUGAAGUUCUGCACAGACAUUGACAUUUAAAGACCACCUUAUAAAUCAAAUCAGACCAUCAUUAUUUCAUCCGUUCAGUCUUUUUGAUCUUUGAGUUCUUCGAUGCUCUCGCUCAUAUGUGUUUCUUAUUUAUGUAUUAGGUGUUGUCCAGUCAUCUCAUGCACUCCAGCCUGCCAGGACUGACCAGACUUGAGCAGAUGUUCCUCGUGGCUUUGGCUGAUACUGUUGCAACCACCAGUGCUGAGGUUGCGAGCUCCACUGAUCAAAAGUACACAGGUCUGUUUAUGUAUUUAUUCUUGCAAAUAUAUGUAUUUAUGUGCAUAAGAGAUACUGCCGUAACUGUGAUAUUUACGGUAACAUAGAUAAAGCUGUUCAGGUCCAGUAUCUGCAAUAUUGAUAAUCAAAUCUCAAGUACGAGACGCAGCAGACUGAAAAUCUACCGUAGAAUUUUUAACACUGAUAAUGACUUCACUGAAGACUUUCUCACACAAUCAUGCCCGGGCAUCUCACUUCGACAGGUUGUUGGUGUGAAAACUGAAACUUGUCUUCAACUAAUACAGAUUUCUUGGCUUCUCUACACGUCUACUUUAACUUCAUGGAUGCUGUAAAGCUCUAAUAGCAUUUCAAACAAAGUGAAGGCCAAUCACAUGACAGUAUGACAGCUCAUUGUGUCAUGUCAGACAGGAAAGCAAUGCUGCUGUAAAUGUUAUUAUGAUUGAAGUCAAUUUUUUUCUGCUCUCAUUGUUUCUGGUUGUCACAUGUGGAUUGCUGAUGACAUUUAGGCAUUGUUGUUAUUGCUUUCUCUUCAUGUAGAAGUUUCUUUUUCUUUAUUUGAAAGAUAUUUCUGUAACGCCGAUUUCAAAGCUGUUUUGAUGCUCUGCUAACUCGGGUUUAAUGUAUAAACCACAGAGCUGUCACUCUGCACCUCACAGGGAAAUUGUAAACCCUAGUGAUAGGCCGAGCUGCUGAUGUUGUGAUGUUCACAGACUUCUCUGAGUCGGGACUUGAAAAACAGUUUAAUACCGGGGGCUGUUUGGGCUGCUGCUUGCUAAUGUGAACAUCAUAGGUUUUGUCAAGGGGUCUUAUUAUCAGGUAAGACCGGUCCUGCAGCCAAUGCACAUGAUCUCCCCUCUAUAAACUUUACAGGCAGAUAGACUCCUGGAAAGUUUUCAUCCUUCGUAUUGACUUUAGAUCUUGUUACCAAUCACCCUAUGAGCUAACAAAUGUGACCUGACCAUCCACCUAAGCUAUUAUUACUCUCGUGAAAAAGAGCAACAUCUGAGUUGUAUAAGAGUGAAGACACCGAGCAGAGUAUGCAGAAGUAACACAUCAAAACCUUCACUUUGAAACUGCUCCAUCCAGCUUAUAUGAGCUGAACAUUUUUACUAGUCCAGGGUGCUACCGAGCGGUGCGCUCGUAUCUCAGACUUUACGAUCAGUCACCGAUUGAGAUCAUUUAAUCUUUACACCCCUCCUACUUACUCUAAAAUACUUCAGUUAUCAUCAAUUUGUUUCUCUUCCAAAUGUGGGUUUUAUGCACACAUCUACAUUGUAGUCACACUGCAAUCCAAGCUGUCGUGUUUAAAAUAGUAACCCUGAUUUAUUCAAGUUCUUUCGAGUGAAAGGCACGUCCUGAUUGAAGCAUCCUUGAGCAAAACACGGCCCAGCUCCAUGGUUUUCAUUGUUUAUUCUGCUCUCAUGCUCUGAUCAGUCAAGGGAGAGGACAGGCCACCAGAGGAUGAAUGAAGAACUGCCUUAAUUCAUAUUAAACACCUUGCGUGAGAGAUCAUGAUGCACACAUAACAGCAGAAUAGACUCGAAUUGUAAAUUGGCAUUUCAGCUCGCCUCAUUGUCUAGCGGUCCAUUUAAUGUUACCCUUGGUGAGAGAUAAUAUCCUAAUAAAGUCAGCUAAAGGUUGUAGACAAUAGCUAAGCAUCAUUUCCUUGAUUGUGUGUUCCUGGAUUUAUAUCUGCAGCCAUCAGAUCUCAGCAUAAACAGAAGUGCCUACACUGUUCUUGUUAACUCUGCAUAAACAAACACUGCUCUUAUUCUAUUAUCUUCAUAUUUUUUCUCAAAUUUUCCAUCAUAUUUAUUUAUUUAGUCUUUUGAGGAGAAGACAUUAGCAGGUUGUUCCAGGGUAAAGUAAGCACACAGAGGCUAAGACAGUUCAAGGAUGCAGAUAUGGUCUCUGAAAGACGUGCAUGAACUUGAGUGAUACUUGAGUUUUUAAAUGCCUUUGCUGUUUUGUCACAUGGCAGCCAUAUUAAUAGAGCUGUUGCUACAAUAAUUAGACUAAAGCUGACAGCUCCCUGCUGUUGUGUUUGAGUAGGUGCUGAGGCUCUUGACGAGUGUGGACUGAGGUACCUGCUGGCCAUGCGUCUCCACACCUGCCUGCUCACCUCUCUGCCCCCACUCUACCGUAUGCAGCUGCUCCACCAGGGUAAAACACUCUACCAUAUACUUCCCCUGUGACAUAUAUAAAACAUGUUCAAUGUGUCAAAAGAAACAUUUUAUCAUCAGAUUUGUGGUCAUGAAUAUUUUUUUCAUUUUGGGGCAUCUUCCUCUCUCCUUCCCCCUCCUCCACUAUCUCUCUCUCUUUCCCUCUUCUCUGUGGCAGGCUUGUCAACAUGCCACUUUGCGUGGGCCUUCCACUCAGAGGCAGAGGAAGAGUUGCUGAACAUGAUCCCCGCCAUGCAGAGAGGCGAUCCGCAGUGGUCUGAGCUCAGAGCUGUGGGAGUGGGGUGGUGGAUACGUAACAUCAACACUCUGAGGAAAAUGGUGGAGAAGGUACCAGAACUAAAUCAGACCGUAAAAUGCAAGAUUAAUGAGAUGUCCGCUCAUGCAAAUGUUAGAUAGUUUAAUAUUUUGUUACAUGAGAACAGUGACAUACAACAACAUGGCUGACUGAUAUUUUUUUAUAAGGAAACAUGUCAUCUUUCCCAUGCUGAAGGGCUUUAAAAUACAUUUCCUGAUCUGAUCAAUACAACAAGCGGUCUGAGGAACAACAUGCAGCCAAUGUUUUGAUACUGUCAUUCUUCUGUGGUCUUUAAAGUGAGCUCAAAAGCAAAUCAAAUCUUCAUUAAAUAACCAGAUUAUCGUCAUGUUUCUGUGUUUCCAGUUAGGUAAAGCUGCUUUCCAGAGGCACAACGACCCUUUAGAUGCUGCUCUGUUUUACUUGGCCAUGAAGAAGAAAGCUGUCCUGUGGGGUCUCUUCCGGUAGGACAUGAAUACUUUGAUUGACUGGCUGCAUGUUACAUUUCAAUUAUGUUUUUCACGGGACCUUUAAAACGGCAAUAAUUGGUGUGUUCUCACUCUCUCAGGUCUCAGCACGAUGAGAAGAUGACUCAGUUCUUCAAGAACAACUUUAGUGAAGACCGCUGGAGAAAGGCAGCUCUAAAAAAUGCUUUCUCCCUGCUGGGAAAACAGCGCUUUGAACAGUCAGCUGCUUUUUUCCUGCUGGCCGGAUCACUCAAAGACGCCAUAGAGGUGCGAACUACACACACUCAGCAACACAGGGAAUACACCGACGUGGCUUAUUAUAGUUGAGCUUGUUCCAACGCCCCAUUUUCAUUUUCCUCACAGUGGAAACUUGGCAUUGCUUUCUUUUGUUGCAGCAUUGAGUAUAAAAAUGUGUCCGUAUGAGAGUUAACUAACUACAUCACUACAGUUUGGAUAUCUGUUGUUGAGGGAUCUGGAUCUUCUACAGCCUUACAAUCACAUGAGGGGAGUCUAAAUUACACUGAUAAGAUGCAUACAACGCUUGUACAGCUCCCCUUGGUCUGUGUGUCCAUACAGCACAGUCAUAAUAUACAGAUAGCCGUAAAAGGAAAUAGCAACAUGUGUUUUUAUUACCUCAGCUCCACAUACUGUUGUGUUUGCUUUGAAAAACUUUGCUCUUUAUUACCUCAGAGGUAAUUUUUAAUGUUGCUUUAGCAGGUUUUAACUCAUCCUCUUCUAUGUUAUGUAGGUGUUGAUGGAGAAGAUGGAGGAUCUCCAGCUAGCCAUGAUAGUAGCAAGGCUGUAUGAAGCUGACUUUGAGAACUCAUCCACCUGCCAAGGCCUGCUGUAUGAGAAGGUCCUUGGUUGUAACAGGGAUGGAAGUGGUUACCACUGCUCCAGACUGCACCCUGACCCCUUCCUCCGCAGCAUAGCCUACUGGAUCAUGAAGGAUUACACCCAAGCCCUGGACACGCUUUUGGAGCGAAUCCCCAAAGAGGAUGAUGAAAACCCUGGUCAGUUGUUUGCAGAGGUUUUCACUCAGUAUUACACAGAAUGAUCCACUAAAGCCGGUUCGCCCCGCUCAGUAUCUGCACUUUGUUCUACGCUUAAAAGCCUCUUCCUUUGUUCUUCUUCCUGCGUCAGAUAUGAUGGUGAAAUCCUGCAACCCUGUGGUGUUCAGUUUCUAUAACUACCUGAGGACUCAUCCUCUCAUCAUCCGCCGACACUUCGCAAACCCCGAAGGCACAGCAACCACCGUGGGCCUCACUGCAGAGAAAAGCAGCGCGGAUGAGAUUAAUCUUAUAGAGCGCAAACUGUUCUUCACCACUGCUAAUGCACACUUCAAGGUGGGCGAGCCACAAACAAGACCACUCACUGAUAUUAAAGCCUUUGAAAAAGCUUCAACCCUCUUACUCUUAAUGUGAUUAGCUACAAAAGGGGGGGAAACGUGAUGGUUAUGUAUGGUUUUAACUAUGUCUUAAUUCUUUGUAGGUGGGCUGUCCAGUUCUUGCUCUAGAAGUUCUCUCCAAAAUUCCCAAAGUUACCAAGAAAUUAACCUCCUCGUCUCUCAGCAAAGCGUCUUCAAAGGCCAACUUGAACUCUAGUCAACCCCUGGAAAAUGGCACCCAGGGAAGCGUGGACUGGGGCUUCCCAUCAGCCCCUACUCAAGCCUGGGGUGGUAAUGAUAGUGCAGGUGGGUUGGACUGGAGCCAGCCUGUGGUCAAGGUGGAGGAUGAGGGGCUGAACUUAGAAUGGGGAGACGACAAAGAUGAGGAUUCAGAUGAGGAUGACGGUCUGACCAUGAAGAAACCAGAGGCUGAGACCAAAGAUGGAGGAUCAGAGAGCAGCGGCAGCAAACUGCAGAGAGAGAACUCACAGGUAGGAGGAGAAAGCUUUAAUUAAAACACAAAAAACUUCAGAUCUUUCUGUCUGUGUUGUAGAGUUUUGUUUUUGUAUGAACUGUCCCUCCUGAAAAUCUGAAAACACAGACACGCGUUGAGUCAAAACAAAACCUGGGGGUGUCCCUCUGAUGGGUGAACUGAAAUGAAGCGGCAUUUUCUAAUUUGCAGCCCACAUUUUUGCAUUUAAAUUAAACAUGUUUUGAAUUGAUUAGAGGCUGAACUGGUAUGACACUGGACCUAAAGAGAUAAAGAUUUGGGAAGAAAUCAAUCCAGCCAGUGCUGAGCUCUCGAACUUGUAAUCCAUGUCAGUAUUUUCUGAAAGGUUCUGUAAUUCCACAUUGGAAAUUUGCGACUCAGGAUGUAUUUUAUAUUGUGCGCCUCUCUGGAAGCCUGCAGAUAGUCAGCUUAAGACCAGUUUAAAAAAUGCUGCAUUAAGGUCAGGGAGACUGCGGGGUGUGGGCCGUUUUCUAUUAAUUCUUUCUUGUUAAUGCCAGGGAGAGUCGGAGGUAGACGUGAUCGCUGAGCAGCUGAAGUUCCGCGCCUGUUUGAAGAUCCUGAUGACAGAGCUGCGUACGCUGGCCACAGGCUUUGAGGUGGAUGGAGGGAAGCUCCGUUUUCAGCUCUACAGUUGGCUGGAGAAGGAGAUAGCGGCCAUGCAUACCAUCUGCAACUAUAAGGUACACAUAAAUAGCUUUAAAUAGAGUCCUUUGAGCUGAAUGUUCACUCCUGCAGUAGAAGGUCUUAGUAAAAAAAUAACCGACCUUUUUGUUGCAUAGGUGGAAGGAAAGGAGGAAGAUUCAGAGGUGGAGCGUUGGGGAGAGCGCACAGCGUCAAUUGACAUAUCAGAUGAUAUCUUGGAGCGCACAGACGCCGGGGCGUACGAGCGCCACCAGAUGGAGCGGCGCCGCCUCCAGGCCAAGCAGCAACACUCAGAAAGGCGUAAGGCGUGGCUGAGGAAGAACCAGGCCCUGCUGAGAGUGUUCCUGUCCUACUGCAGCCUUCACGGAGCCAAGGGGGGAGGAGUCACCUCUGUCCGUAUGGAGCUUCUGUUCCUCCUGCAGGAGAGCCAGCAGGUACACACAUCCACUCAUGCAUCCCCCCCCCAUGCAUGAUCUGUACUUUACUUGAUAAAUGCCAGACUAUCUCUCUUCAGCAAAAUGGAGCCUACAUCUUUCUGCUUUGUUCUCUAGGAGACCACGGUGAAGCAGCUGCAGUCUCCGCUGCCUCUGCCCACGACACUGCCUCUGCUGUCAGCUUGCAUUGCCCCCACCAAGACAGUCAUAGCCAAUCCUGUUCUCCACCUCAGCAACCACAUCCACGACAUCCUCCACACCAUCACGUUCAUGGAGAAUCCUCCACAUCCUGAACUCUUGAAUGAUCAGGUCAGAAUCGCCAUUUCGCUCUAAGUAUAGAAGUCUCCAGCUUGUUCGAGUGUUUUCUGCAGCCGUCCAUUUUGAGUAACUGAGAUGUUUCUUUUCACUCUCAGGUGAACGCUCUGCACACACUUGCAGCAUCUCUGUCUGCUUGUGUCUAUCAAGCUCUGUGUGACAGUCACAGCUACAGGUAUCUGUCCCUCUUUUAUUUGGAGGUGAAGUUUUAAACAUAGUUGUUUUAAAUUGUCGUGACUCAGUUGAUUGUUCUGCUUUUGGCUUUGCAGCAGCCAGGCAGAGGCCAACCAGUUCACAGGGAUGGUGUAUCAGGGCCUGUUGCUCAGUGAAAGGAAACGACUUCGCACAGAAAGCAUCGAAGAACAUAUCACUCCCAACUCGGCUCCAGCACAGUGGCCAGGUAACAAAGGAGCUGCUGUCUCAGCAGCUGGUGUUUUUAAGGUAGAUUUCACCCUUUUCUUCCACACGCCAGCUGUCCGUGAACAUUUUUGCCAUAAUGCUUUUGAGUAGUUUUUAAUGAGACUGAACUGAUCGUCUUCCUGAGACCUGACAUAAUGUAUAGGAAGGGGAGAUGGCAUAUGUGUGCGCAUCAAAGACAUGUUUGAGAGCAGAGGGAGAGGGAGAGAAGAGCAAAGCAGGCAGUCUGUGUUUAUGCAGAGAGGCAGAUGGUGUUCUAUAAUAGGAGCUUCAUGGCCUCUAGGAAGGAAGCGAAAAGACAGAGACUGAUCACGCUAUCAUACAAAUGUUACACAAACGCAUUGUGCAUGUUUUUUUUUUUUGUUCUGUGGGGGGAGUCUUUUAUUUUUGAAAAUUAAUGGUACACCAUCUGAGCUCAUGUUGUGUUUAUGUGUGUCCUCCCACCUGCAGGUGUGUCGUCCCUGAUUUCUCUGUUGACGUCUGCACGAGAGGAGGACCAGCCCAGGCUCAACGUGCUGCUGUGUGAAGCGGUCGUGGCUGUUUAUCUGGCGCUGCUCAUCCACGGCCUGGGCACUCACAGCUGUAAUGAACUCUUCCGCCUGGCAGCGCAUCCCCUCAACAACCGCAUGUGGGCCGCAGUCUUUGGGGGAGGGGCCAAAGUCGUUAUUAAGCCAAAGAGGCCCGAGGCCCCACCAGGUAGAAAAGUUACUUUGUAGUAACCCUUUUAUGUUCAUCAUCAUCAUCAUCGCUACCUUUUGUCUUCCUCACCUCUCUUCCAAGUAUUUUCUCACUCCUGUUCUCUCCUGUUGUUGCUGUUUUUCUCCAUCUGUUGACUUCUUUCACUCUGACUUAUCUGUGAUCUGUUACAAUUCAUUGUACCUCACUCAGCAGCCACUUUCCCCUGACACCAAGCUCAGGGUAGGAAGUGUACAAUGUGGUUCACUAACAAAUGAUUAAAAUUCCACUGCCUCUUAAACUGACAUCGGCAUGUUAGCCCUUCCCAGCUAACUCAAAUAUCAUAUAAAGUGUGAUUUUUUUUGUGUGUGGAAAUUGUAAAAACAAGGCUGUUUCUUCAGCUGCUCAGUUGACACCCAGACCCCCUUUACACUAUUUUAGGAACUCACGAUUUAUAAGUUAAGAUAUUGUAAUUAUUAUUCUCGUCACUGAUGGUCUGGUUAGGUUUGAGACGUAAAAAAACGUCCUCACAGGAGCUUUAACUGAAGAAUGUAAAUGCAGAUACUCUCUUAAGAAGUUUUUAAAGACUAAAUACUUUCUAAACUUUAUUACUGACAUGUACCCUGUGGGUCCCUGUAAAGGGUAUCCCACCAGGUCCUCCAACUUAAUUUGGUGUCUUUUCUCAUUUUUGUUGCACCAUUUGUUAAAAAUUCAGUCUUGCUGUAAUGACUGAUAUAAAAAAACAGAAAAUGUGGACAGUUUGCCACCAAAGUGUUAAAGCUAAUUAAAGAAACAUAUCUUAGGAAUAUUUGAUCACAAGUAUUUCUCUUUUAAGAUGGAGUUAGGGCUGCUUUAAAGAAAAAUAAGUUAAGACUUCCUUUCAAAGUCAGUAUUUCAAGAGAAUAAAAGUCAUGAAAAACUCAAGCCUUAAUGUUACGUUUAGAAGUCCUAUCAUUAUAAAGAUAAAGUUGUCAUAAAGUUAAAAUAUUACAAGAAUUAGGUCAUGAAAAAAGGUUGUAGUUUAUAGUGAGCAGCCAGCUGUCUGUGCCAAAAUGAGAAAUGUCUCAUUAAAUUGUACUUAGUGUUCUUCUGGCACCUCAGCACUGCAGUGAAGUAAGUGUCAGGACUCUGAGAAGAUUAUGCAAAAGGCUGAGAUGAUUUUGCAUUUUCCCUUUAAAAACAGGAUUAUGAGGCAUAUCGUUGAAUAAAUUAAUGAUAUUUAUGAUUUUACCACAACUUUACUCGAGUGAGAAAAUGACGAAAAAAUGUGUAAAUGUUUAGAAAAUUUCAAAAUCUUAAAGCUUAGAAAGUUUAGGUUUCUUUUUCCUUAAUGUGUUCUUACUGCUGUGUCCUACUCUUGACAUUUAGGGUGCAAUGGUAUAAAGUUGUCGAAAGUAAAUGAAUACUCUGUAGUGAAUAAUGAAAAAGUAGAAUAUCUGUAAACUCAGAUUAUUCUAGAAAGAAGUGACUAAUAAAUUUUUGUCAGAUUCCCACCUUGAGCUUGAACCAGAGGAAAACAGCUGCCUUGUUAAUAAUGUUCUCAUCCCUCAGGCUCGCCUACAUAGCUACACGCACACACACACACACUCACACUAACACACACUCACACACCUAUCCAAGUCCUUUUGAUGCUCCUAAGAUGCUGCCGCUGCUGCUGUGAGGUGUCUUGUGUGAGUGUGCCCUCUGCCCUGUGUCUCAGUGCCAGCUGACUUUGAGGCAGCCAGGCCAGAGGAGUCUCAGGAGACAGGAAGACCUGAGCAGAACAGCCUCACCCCAAAUCCCACCCCCACCCCUACUGAAACCCAGCGCCCCAAACGACCUCCUCCUCCCGCUUCAAGGGAGGAGGGGUCUGACACUGUGGCACCAGCAACUAAGGCCAGCUGUGAGUAAUUGAGCUGGUGGAUUGCAGUGCUGGUUUGCAGGAUUGCAGUGCAUGGUAACUGUGCAGGUUUGCAUUGGUGCAGAUGCUUGACUUGACUUACUCCCCUCUCUCUAUUGUGCAGCUACUGAAUGCCUGUAACAAACAACGAACAAGCUAACUGGUGCUGUCUGUGUACAGUUGUAUGACGAAACCAACAGCUGUGUGAGCGCGUAUGCGUGUGUGUGAACUGCAUUGCAUGUACUUGUCGUAAAGUCUUUUUUGCUCAUUUUGUUGUGUCAUCCCCGUUGGGCUGCUGAAGCAACAGCUGGGCCUAGCAAGGAGUGUUCAGAGGCCAAGACUGAGACUAUAUCUGAAACUGAGACCAAACCAGGUACACUUUGAGAGGUUAAUAGGUUUACUAGCCCUUUUAAUGCUUUUUUGUAUCAUAUUCGAUACAUACUUUUAUGACACUUCCAUCAAUAUGAUCAACAAAUUACUAAACAAAGAACACCUGAAUACAGUCUGAUAAAUGAUAAAAAUGUUCUCUUGUUGUUUAUCAGUUUCCAAAAACAUCUAAUGUAUCAAACGAGAUAAAUAAAUAUAUUUGUUAAAUAUUUGAUUUUCAGUAGUAAGUAAAAUAAACAUUUCAGCUCCAAAAAAAUCUGAAUUUUCUGUCCAUAAUUUGUGGUUUCAGGCAUUAAAGGGCUAGAAUAAGCCUGUAGAAGUGUAAGUGUUUGAGUAGUUCUGUUUUCCUUUUGGUAGCAUUAAUGAUAAAAAAAAAAAAGAUGUGCGUGAACAAGAGUUAGAUUUGGAGUAGGAGUAAUAAUCACCCACUAUAGACCAACAUUAGCUCUUUGUGACAUGAUUCACUUGUUUGUUUGCAUCUGAGUUUCACAUUUAUAGAUGUUUAGCUACUCUCUGUGUCAUUAGGCUUAAGUAAUCUCUGCUCUCAUUGUAUUUGUGUGGGAGGAAGAUAUGAGCUGGCAUUUCGGCUCCGUAUCACCGCAGAGCCCGACGAAGCUCUCAGUAAAGUCAGGAGCCUUUUUGAAGUAGCUGGUUAAGAGAUCUUAAAUGCCAGCCUGUUGAUAGGAAUCACUUCAUUAAAAUGUUACCACUUUGCCCUUUAGAGCGCCGCUACGAACUAACAUGCAUGUCCAAAACACACACACACAACCAUAAUCAAAUGUAACACACUGAAUGAUGCCUCCCUAUUAUGAUCGGAUAAACACUCAUCUUCAAGCAAAAUAACAGUCACAAUUAAAUCUCAUUGUUUGUCUCCCUCAAGUGCUGCAGGGAAAAGAAGCUUUAGCACAUGAUUGCUCCACAAACUCACCAUCAUUGUCUGAUGUGUAUUCUUUGCCAUGUACUCCAUCUAAUAUUUACUGAUCUAAUUGGCCUGUUUAGUAUCUGUGUGUCUAACUGCACUGUCGACUCUGGUUUGUGUCUUGUCUUGUUUUGUCUGGUACGAUGCCAGAGAUAGUCACCCAGGAUAAUGGGGCAGGUUGGUGCGCAGCCUAGUGUGUUUUUCCCUCUACCUCCAUUAGAAACGUUUGUUUUGUGUAUUUGUUUCUCCCUUUCUAUUUCUUUUUUUGUGUGUGCUAUGGCGCAUCAAAGUCAGAGAACUCAAUUUAUGCACAGACUGGAAGUACAUUCAAGAAAACAUGAAGAUUGAAAGGUUUGCUGUGCUCUGUGUAGGUGUGUGGAUGCAGUUUGCUUUCUCCUGCUCUGUUUCCUGACCUUCUUCUGGCUUCGAAAUGACGCUGAGUCCCUGCUCAUCUUCAUCAUGUGAACAAAACUGCAGCAUACUGCAGCCUGCUACAAACUGACCUUAUCAGAUUUCAUUGUGUUUGAAAGAUACCGUCUCUCCUCUCCCUCUUGCAGUUGCACCCCCCCAGCCCGCAGCGGAGGACUCGGAUCGAUACAGACGCAGGUUCAACAUGAGAAUGCUGGUUCCCGGACGCCCAGUGAAGGAGACACCGGCCACCCCGCCCCCCGUGCCCACAGAGAGACCCACAUAUAGGGAAAAGUUCAUCCCCCCUGAGCUGAGCAUGUGGGAUUACUUUGUGGCCAAAGUAAGGCUUUGAAUCUUACAUGUAGGGGACGGUUUAAUGAGAUCGGUGAAUCAUGGUCCUCAGGUUAUUAAAAAGUUAUCACUCAAUCUCUCCCUCUCCCCUCUGUCGCUUUUAUUUAUUUGCUCCUCUCCUCCGUCAUUAUUUUCUCCCUCUCAGCCCUUCCUGCCGCUGUCAGACAGCAGCGCCCUGUAUGACUCAGACGAAAGCGGCGCAGAGGAUGAUGAAGACGACGAUGACGCCUUUCUUUCUGACACACAGAUCACAGAGCACCUUGAUCCCAAUUCGUACAGGUUGGUUUCACCCCCCGUUGUGUGUUUCAAGCUAAUAUGGAUCCUGAGUUUAAAAAUGAACUCCAUGCUUGUUUGUACUGUAGCUGGGCUCUGAUCCGCCUGGUGAUGGUGAAAUUGGCUCAUCACAACGUCAAGAACUUCCUCCCUCUCACUGGCCUUGACUUCACAGGUGCAAACACUUCAUCACUGACACUAAACAGCUCCUAAAGCCCAAAUAAUUACAGAGUUUAUUUUCAUUAAACUGCAUUGUUAGUGAUUACUUUAAUUAUUUGAAUAAACACAAAAUUAAACUGUCCCUGCUCGUGUUUGUGUCACAGACCUGCCGGUCACCUCCCCUCUCUGCAACGCUGUGUUGAAGACUCUGGAGAACUGGGAACAGUUUCUGUUGGAGCGAAUGAACAAGUUUGAUGGCCCGCCUCCCAACUACAUCAACACCUACCCCACAGACCUCAGCGCAGGAGGCGGACCCGCGAUACUCCGCCACAAGGCCAUGCUGGAGCCAGACAACACACCCUUCAAGUGAGUAUGAAACCACCAUGAAACCCUGUGACCAGCAGACACACACUUCAGGCAGAGUUUAACUACUGUAUACACUCAAUACUCAGUCAUUUAGACUCAGAAUAGAUGCUUAGAACUGAUUUUUUUUUCUUUAUCAUGCUGAUUCUGCAAGUUAGUGUCCAUGUUGGGCCACCUCAGUAAAAAAGGAUACCGUAUUUUCCAGACUAAGAGGCGCACUUAAAAUCCUUAAAUUUUCUCAAAAAUUAACUGUGCGCCUCCUAAUCUAGCGCUUCUCAUGUAUGAUUACUUGUUGUGCUUACUGACACGUUUUAUGUGGUACAAUGCGCUCAAAAAUUACACAAAAAAAUGUAAGUAUGACUUUCGUAAGCAAAAAAGUUGCUCUGCUCAAUGGAUAUUCAGAGCAUUACAGUACGCUGUGUCACUACAUGAUUGGCCCCGUAACAGGACCCCUGACUGAAAUGACUGUAAUGUCCAAACUAGAAGUGCAUUCAUGUAAGGCAGCCCGGGCCCAGCGUAUGCGCUAGUCACAACAAACCAAUCAGAAAGCACUAUUUAGUAUGCUUACCCCUGCCACUUUUUAUACGUAGCAUGUACAGUGCUUCAACGUUAUAUUACAGUAAAUUUGUGUGAAUGUAAAAAGACCCCAAAAAUGGCUCCUGUUAAGAACCAUGCUUACGAAGUGGGUUUCAAACUCAGCUACGCAGCAGAACAUGGGAAUAGAGUAGCUGCCAAAGAAUUCAACAUGAGUGAAUCAAUGGUUGAAUAAAGUUUGGUUUACCGGACUGUGUUGUUUUGCUCAAUGCACCUUACAAUCCAGUGAGACAUGUUUAUUCACAGUGCGCCGUAUAAUCCGGUGUGCCUUAUCCCCCUGAAAAAUACAGCACAUUGUGUAUAAAACUAAACUCUUAAAUACAUCAUUACAGUUACUGUGAAAAGCAUGCAACAGUCAUUUUAACAGGCCUUGGAAAAACAUGGAGUUAUUGUGUUCCUUUGUUGAUAUUUUGGUAGUAAGAUCACUUUUUGCUCCACUCUGGCAGCAGUUCUGUUUGGACUUUCAGAAAAAUAGGCAUCCCAGCCAAAAACCCACAAACAUAUUUCUUUCAGAACGAAGAACCACCAGUCCUUCCCAGCCCGCCGUCUCUGGCAUUUCCUGGUCAAACAGGAAGUUCUUCAGGAGUCUUUGAUCCGUUACAUCUUCACCAAGAAGAGAAAGCAGAGCGAGGUCAGCAGCACUCAUGCAUGGAAACAUUUCUGCUCUUUUUUAUCCUCAUUUCAAUGUUCAUGAGCCAGAAUGAUUAACCCUCCUGCCCCUUUGAUUUGUAUUUACGUAUUUACAUAAGUCUUUUCAGUUUCCCCUUUUUUGUCCACUCCUAAUGUAUAUAAUCUGUCAGCCAGAAUAUAAAAGUGAGUGCUCUGAAGUUGUAAAGUGGUCUCACAUAUGAUUUACAGCUUUAAAAAGACGUCUGUUCAACCAACUUAUCCCCUGAGUGUUACUGGCACUGGGCUGGAGAGCCCGCUGUACUUAGAAAAGUUGCUCAAAAUAGGCCACAUGUCACCCAUAAUGAUGGAGAUUGAUGGGAUUCAUUAUAGUCAUCUAACAACUGUCAAGCAGCCAAUAAAUGCAGUGUCAAGAUGUCGUGCAGAGGCCUAAAAUAGCAGUCUGAGAAAAUCUUCCCACUUCUAAGACCUCUAAGGAGAGAGUGACUAAGAAAAGCAAAGUAAUAAGUACAAUAAAAUGUGUUAUUUUUUCAGUUAUUUAUUGUAUUUUUAAUGUUUUUUACGUGUAAAUCAGGUAUUCACAGUGAUUUAUCCCUAAAAUUGUGAAACUCAACCUUCAUGCUAUUCAAACAAUCUUUUUGUUGCAAGACGCAUGAGUGGGUCGAUUAGGAUUUAUGCAGAACCUGAUCAGGACCGUCCAAACCCAUGAAUUUAAAGCCUUCACUUCCCUGUUAUAUCGAGAGCUGUUCACUGAGCAUUAAUCUCCUCAGCUGAUAUUUUUAUUGUCAUCUUUAUCAUUGCUUUGACUCUGUAGACAUCUUUAAUCAAGUACAUGACAGCUCACUGCCUUCUGUGAUGUCUGGAAACGGUUAUUGUGUUAGCGCUGUCGUGACAGACUGCACUGUGACUGCCAGUCCAGAAUAUGAAAAUAUCAAGGAUUAAGGUCCCGAAUUCUUAGUCUCCUGGUCUCACAACUAUAAUUUCAAUUAUUUUAUUUUUUUUGCAAGAGCAGCCAUCAGCCUCACGUUGUAUAUCUCCAUCCAUCCUUCUACAUACCUGUGGCUCCAUGUCAUGACAGUUAUUUAUCAUAUUUAUAUACCAGAGAUCCUGUCAACCUUUUACAUUAUUUUCAUUUCAUGUUUUUAUUUUUCCUGUGUUUGUGCAUGUGUUUUUGUUGUGCCGUGUUGGUGUGUCAUGUGUGUGUAUUGCCUCUGUGUGUCAUGUGUAGUCUGUAGAGAACCGUAUGGACCAUUUAAGCCCAAACUGCAUAGCAGGAGCUAGCAGUCCUAAUAAGGUAGUAUUACCUUACGUUCCAGCUCAGGCCCUGGUUAUGUCUGUCUAUCUGUCUUUUAAUGUUUGGGGAAGUCACUGCAAAGCCAAGCUAGAGGGAGCAAGUGCAGUAAAGUUCAAAGAAAUAUCAUGCUCUGUAUGCACUAUUUGGUUUAGUUUUGCAGCUUUUUCUAAAAUGUGGCACCAAAAUGGAAAAACUCUCAAGUAUCUCCUGUCCAGCUUGGCCUGACGGUGACUUCUCUUGCAAAUUUUACCAGCAAUAUCCUCUACUCAAGACUCCAAGGCUAAGACUUAACGUCUAAUCCUUCCUCUUCACUGGAACAUCCACUCACAUAAGCUCACGUCCAAUCCCUGCCAAUAACACGUCUCCCCGUGUUUCUCACUCCUUUGUCCUCUAUAGCUUGACUGAUUCUGCUGGACCCCCCAAAAAAAUCUCUCCUUGAGAAAGUUGGCACUUUUAUUAGGUGUACUAACUGCAUGCUCACUUUUAGGGCUGUGUGAGGCUGGCUAACUGUGCAGGGAACUGGGGCAUCCUGAAACAGUGAUCUAAAGUGUCAGUGUUAAAUUAUGUAACUGUACACAGGAUAAUUUUUAUGAACAUGUCAAUCCCUUGGUAAAUGAAGCUGUUAUUUUGGUUGGUUUCACCUUUAUUUGGGAGUAUUUUUAUGAUGGGAUUUGUAGAGAAAUGUACUUAACAUGAGCGGCUUCAGAUUUCACUCUGUUAUCUGUGGAAGCACGUGGCUUAAAUGUCUCCUGAACCCUCAUGUAUCACUUUUCUUUGCUUUUCCAGGUUGAAGCAGAUCUGGGCUACCCGGGAGGGAAGGCUAAAAUCAUUCAUAAAGAGUCUGAUAUCAUCAUGGCGUUUGCCAUCAAUAAAGUAAGUUGUGUAUGUGCAUGUCUGAGUGUGUUUAUGUGAAUGUGUGUGUGAGACAGAGAUAAAAUUACUGGAAGCACUUUGCUUUACGAGAGCACGAUUCCAUAAUUAUAUCCUAGAAGGUUUCCUGGAUGUGAUUUGGUACCAAGUAAGAGGCAACUGCAUCAACGUUUCCAGAAAGCUCACUCUGAGUUGAAACAUGAAUAUUAUCGCUCUCUAGGAAGUCUCCAAGUUUUCCUUUGGUAUGUCUUUUUUUGAAUUCCUCUCUUCUUCUGUUUCCUCACCUCUAGGCAAACUCCAAUGAGAUAGUUUUGGCCUCCACUCAUGAUGUGCAGGAGGUGGACGUGUCUAAUCUAGUGUCUGUCCAGCCUUUCACCUGGAUUGGGGAGGAUUUUGAUAAGGAGUCCCGCAGGUGAGUUUCAGAGCAGACCUUCUCUGUUAUGAGCUCUAAAAUCUCAGGGAUUAAAAUCACGCUGAUCCUGCAAACACAAACAUGUAGUGGUUUGUUUUCAUGUGGUUUUCAUGACAAAACUUUGCACCGUUGGAAGAUGCUUAUUAUACUGAUAUAAUUGCUCGACAAGUAUCAUAUUCUCUAUGGGAACCCGACCGACCUGCAGUGAUUGUGUACGUCUGUAUGUGUGUUUUUUAGAUCCAGAACAAGAAUUCGGUAAAGAUCUCUGUCUUAUUUGGUUUUGUUUUUACAGCUCUGACGACAUAGACCACCGUUCCUCUCAGACCAACAUCGCCCAGGCCAGCUCGGUCCCCUUCGCGCCACCACAGAUGCCGGUCUCUGCAUCCAUGCCGUGGCUCGGCACCGGGCAGACCAGCAUGGGAGCCAGUGUGGUAAGAGCCUUUGUACUACGACAACACAAAGCAACACAAACUCUGCAAAAACAGGCAGAAAGGAGUAUGCACUUCUCAUUUAUGGCCAGUAGGUGGAAUCUAAGUUGGGUUUGAAACAAGUGGACGACACAGCAAUCAUGUUGAAUGUACUUUAUUUUACUUUACUUGAUGUUACUUGAGCCGCAGAAAAGUUUUUAGCAGAAAACAAUGAAGUUGUUUCCCUGUGAUUCAGUUCUGCAGUUUGUGGCUCUUGCAUAUUUCUUGGAUAAAUUAUGAUUUUUAAUUUUAUCAAUGUCAAGCCAAACUGAAACCUGUCGACUAAACAGCUGAUCUGCUGAGUCUGUGGAGACUGAUACUAAGGGGGUGUGUGUUCGGCAGGGAUGGACGCAUGUAAACACAGAUAGCAGCAGCUCUCACAGACAGCUAGCCAAGGGUACAGAUUUGCGUCACACUUUCACGCAGCCAGAGUUCUCCAUGUCCCAGCCAUGUUGAUAAAUGUUGAGGAACAUACACAAAGCAAGACAAGGAAGAGGGUUUCUACCGGUUCAGCAAGGGCUUUCUUUAGUCUGGUUGAGACCGGAGUGGUUUGCAAAGACCCCUGAUAGUUGAGCAGGAAUAGUAUGAAAUGCAUCCCUCAUGUUUAGUUCGGUCUGGUUUAUUUUUUUGUAUGUUGUUGGUGAAUGGUAAACAAUCAGAAAUCACAUGUACAUGAUUAAAUAAAACAGAACAAAUUAAAAACUAACAGAUGUAUUUUAACAAAAUCAAAGUUUAUUCAAGCAUUAAUUAGGUAACAUUUAACAAAACAACUCAUUUAACUCAUGUGAUGUGGUUGAUUAUAAUGUAUAAAUAACAAAAAAUCAUCAAUAUAGAAUAAGAGGAGUAGCACUUGCUUGGCUUGUAGAUUAUUUAUCUAUCAGGUAUCAAUAUGUAAAUAUCACGUUUAAUCUGUGACGGUUGAAUGUGGAGUUCCCCAAGGCUCCAUGUUGGGACCAUUGUUGUUUAUGUUGUAUAUCAAUAACAGGCGCGAGGUCUCCAAUCUUUUCAAAACAUUUUUGUUGGAAAAUUGUGAAUUAAUUUAAUUUAGCAUAGCAUAUAGUGGUUGACAGAUGUGUUCAAUAGUGAUUAAGGAGGAAUAUUUGGAAGCUACUAAGAGAUCAGCCAAUGUGAUCAGCUGAAGGGUGUGAAUUUUAAGUUGUUUUUGUGUUGUUGUCCGCCUCUGUGAUGUGUUUCUGGAGUUUGUAUCUUAAACAGAAUCUUGAAGACUUAAAAACAGGCAACUGGACUGUGUAGAGUUGAGAACUUUCUCAACUCUACACAGUCCAGUUGCCUGUUUUUAAGUCUUCAAGAUAACCAUGACCUGGAUGAAUGAGAAUCUACAUGGACAUCUUAAACAGAACUCUUUUUUUUCUUUAUAUUUAAACUGAAGAAACUUCAGACCUCCCUGCUUGUUGACUGAACCGCACUGUGAUGAUGUUUUUCAGAUAAUGAAGAGAAAUCUGAACAAUGUGAAGAGGAUGACAUCCCAUCCCAUUUAUCAGUAUUGUAAGUGUAUAAAAGAAGUUAUUACUAAGUUUAUCACCAACAUACAAUCCCAGUCUGAUCUCUUUUUUUCAUUCUCUCUCUUCCUCCGUCUUUGUGUGCGAUUAUCAGACAUGACAGGCGCUCAGGACGGCAGUGUGAGAAUGUUUGAGUGGAACAGACCUCAGCAGCUCAUUUGCUUCAGACAGGCGGGCAACGCCAGAGUCACCCGGCUCUAUUUUAACUCCCAAGGCAAUAAGGUACUCACACAUAUACGUGUACAGACACACGUGCACUCCACACAUGCUCUUGUUUAGUCUAUCUGGUCUGAUUCCUGUGCGCUCUUCCUGCAGUGUGGAGUUGCUGACGGAGAGGGAUUCCUCAGUCUCUGGCAGGUCAAUCAGACAUCCUCAAACCCCAAACCCUACCUGGUGAGCCCACCUGCCACUCAGUCACCUCCCAAAUACUCGCCUCAGCUCUAAGAAAAUAUCUGAUCAGUUUAUAAACCGCUGAAAUUAAUAUGCACUUUGGUAAUGUCUUGUCCACAGAGCUGGCAGUGCCACACUAAGACCUGCGGUGAUUUUGCCUUCAUUACAUCCUCUAGCCUCAUCGCCACAGCUGGACAGUCCAAUGAUAACAGGUCAGCCAAUCAGUAAUCAAAACUCUGAUGUUGGGAUGGGAGAAAAAAUCAAUUCACAUAAGUAUUGGAUUCUUUGUUUUACAAUUUUAAAUCGAUUUUUAUAUCAAAACAUCAAUUUUUUUUUCAAAUUUAAGAGUAAAUCUUAAAACUGACUUACAUGUGAUGUGUAUUCUUUUGGGAAAUAUGGUUCCUGGAAUAGUCAGUAGACAAUAAUAAUCAUUCAACUGUUUCACUGGUGUUAAAAAUGCAGACUUAAGAUCGAGAAACUCGACAAUAUUGUAGAAUCACAAUUUAAAUGAAAUUGGCAUCCAAAGAAUCGUAGAAGAAUCGAAUCUGGAGAAAAGCAUAUCGUCCCAGCCCUACUCUGAUGUGUGUAGAAUACAAACAUACUCUACAGGGGGGUAGAGAUGUAAACAUGCUAAUACCAUGUUUAGAUUGGUAAAUAACAGCGAUCUUUCCCUCUUGGUUUCCGCUCAUUAGUCUAAUCUUUGUCCACAGAAAUGUUUGCCUGUGGGACACUCUGAUUUCGCCCAGCAAUACCAUGGUCCAUGGUGAGGAAUCCAACCUUUAUCAGACCAGCCUUGUCUUGCCGUGUUUAUGAAGCUUUCUGAUCUGAUUUCACAUUUCCUCUCAACCCACUCCCCCAGCGUUCCCCUGCCAUGAGAAUGGGGCCACUGUGCUGCAGUACGCUCCUAAACAGCAGCUCCUGAUCACUGGAGGCAGGAAAGGCUUUGUGUGCGUCUUUGACAUCCGCCAGAGGCAGCUGCUGCACACUUUCCAGGCCCAUGACUCAGCCAUCAAAGCCCUCGCACUGGAUGCCUUUGAGGACUUCUUCGUCACCGGCUCUGCAGAGGGCAACAUGAAGGUGACUCACGGGCUUUAUCACUCACUCACUCACUAACCUGACAAAACACUCUCAUCCUCACUGUCACUCUGUGAUUAUGUUCAGACGAAUAAUGUCUCAUUCCAGGUACAAAGGCAGUUGAUAAAAUCAGAAAAGUCCUCCUUCCUACCUACAGAUUAUCUUCCUCUGGCAGUCUCGUCUCUGUAGAGUCACAUUUCACUUCAUCACAGUCCUGACAGCGAGGACAAAUCAAAAGCCUGUGUGACAUUAACUGCUUUCUCUGUUAUCAGAAAAAUACUGCAUAGAAAAUGUGCACUUGGGGAAGCUGGACUUAUCAGAGAGAGUUAAAGACGUUUCAAAGAACUCCUGACUCCACAGCGUUGACGAGACCUCCCGUAUUAAAAGCAGAAUAUAUUUGUUCAUGAAAUAUCUCAGAUGUGAAUCCUGAGAAUUAAACUUUGAACUCUGCAAUCCCACGUGACACCAUUAAUAUGGUUUAAAGUUUCUCAGGAACUUUACUGUGUAUCUCUAUGGGAUGAAAAGUGUUCAAAAUCUUACCCUUUCAGCGAUCUAUCGAGGGUUUCCAGGCAUUUCUAUACCUGCCACAAGGUUUACAAUCCAGCCACAAAAAUAGGUGUUUGAUUAAAGACGUUCGAUGCUAAAUCAGCGCUGAUAUACCGGUGAAAACAUGAUUAUUUAUCAUAUUGUUGUGAUAAAAAAGAUCGUUAUCACUAAAUGCCACUAAUGUCUUCGGGGUUUGACAAGCUGUUUUGAUGACGUCUUUUUCUAUCAAACUUUCAACCAACUACAUGGUCUCAUAUUCCUCUCCUGUUGUUCCCUUGAUGGUAGUGUGCAAUAAGAGGCAACCAAAGAUCAACAAGAGACAAGAAAGUUUCCUGCUUGUCUUCAAAAUAAUAAAUAAUGGCCCUCAAUGCUUGAAAACAAACAAAGAAGACAUUCUGAGCAGUAUGAUGUGGCCCUAUGUCUCAUCCCAGACAGGAACUGCUUCAAGGAGUGGCAUAAACAACUGUAAAUAGCAAAAAAAUACCUGGAAGAGUUUGUGUAAAUAUGUAAAUAGUUUCUGUUGUGUGUUUGUUCCAAUCCCAAUAUUUCUACUCCUGAUAGCCUAGACUUAACAGAAUGAUGUGCAGGUGAGAAAAGGCUUGAUCACAGUAGAUUUAUGUGUUUAUUGAGCAAAGUACUGUUGGGAUCAAUUUCCGUUUUUGUUUUUUUGGUUGAAUUUGAUGGUUUUAAAUCUACUGUCACAUUCAUUUUACAUCAUUUUUGCGCCCAUAAAACUGAUAGCUGAGGUUGUCCCGAAAAAAAAGAUGUGUAUAUAUUUGCUGUGCUUGAAAGGAUAGAGUUGCCACAUAGAUUUUUUACCAAACAAAAACAGGCGGACCAAAAAUAGCAAAAUAUAGCUGGGAGUUCAAAGGUUAAACACCUGGGAAUAUGUGUGAGGUGUAGAUGAAGCUUUCUUGACACACUGUGACCAGUGCACUUUGUUGACAUGUGCUGCACAUUUUGUACACCCUCUCCUGCAUACUUCUUCAUUGUAACAGCAUUAUUCUUAAAAGAAAUAGAAAUAAAACCUCUAUUUCACAGAAUAAAUACCAACUCGUCCUCUCUCCUCCGCCAUCUCUCUCUCUCUCCAGGUGUGGAAGUUAGCCGGCCACGGGCUCAUGCACUCAUUCAGCACGGAGCACGCCAAGCAGUCCAUCUUUCGCAACAUCGGCGCAGGCGUCAUGCAGGUGGAGACGCGGCCCGGUAACCGCAUCUUUACUUGCGGAGCGGACGGCACCCUGAAGAUGAGGGUCCUCCCCGACCGCUACAACAUCCCCAGCAGCUUGGUCGACGUCCUGUAACACCUACUUUCACCUCUUGAGCGUCCAAAGAAGGAGACGGAUAAAAAAAAAAACACAAAAUGCUUCUGUAACACUCGCUAGGCAUCAAUAGUUUAACAGAAGGGGGAAGAGUUAGUGGAAAAGAUCGCCAAGCUUUGGGCAUCUUUGUGAGCGUGCUGUGUUCGCAGGUUUACUGUGGAUGUAAGUCAUAUCAAGAAUGAAAAAACGGAGCUGCAAAUCUUUUUUUCCCAAAGGCUGAAAGCGAAGUUACAAGCAAAAGGUAUCAUACUUGAUUUUAAAGCUAGAUUUAUUGUAAUUUUAUUGAAGAAUCUCUACUCUUAGAGUGUGUCCAUAGGGAAGCUAUGCAUGUCCUGUUCUCGUUCCGCGGUGCAAUCACAGGUCUAUUGAUAGUGCUCUGUAAAAGUGCUCAAGCAAAAAUUUUAAAAAGUGUGUAACUGUUGUCAUUUUGUGCCCACAGCUGAAAUCUCUUAGCAUCUACUGUAACCAGCACUGUGGUUUGUUCUUAAGUCAGUGGUUUCCAGUGUGAAUCGAGUUGUUGGAAUCUGCAUUUUGUUUCAAUGGUUUUGCCCCCCUCCCUCCCUCCCUCCCCUCCCCCAUCCGCCUUUUUGCCCGGCUUUUCUCAGCCCUUAUGGAAGAGUUGAUGGUGCAUCGCUCCUGUAGUGAACCCCCCCCUGUCCCUCCCCCAAAACCCCCUUUCUCACUGGCUGCUCAUCACCCACUCCGGCCUCUCCUGGUUGGGCUCUCCACCCAGCCCGGGUCUGGCCCAGGAGUGCGUGCUCACUCUGCUGUGUCUGCCAUCCGUGCGCCUGCCCACCCACCUGCCCUCAAAUGCCUGUUUGUGCGGCAGACUCACUGCUAGAACAUUCCUGUUUGGAAGAUGACGUGUUUUAUUCCUGUGACUGUGAUUUCAAUGUUUCCAUCUGUCUGGUCCCAACUCAAACGCCCACUAACCCACCCAGAGCAGAAACACAAAGGUUCACUUCUGGUUUUGCACAAAAUAUUCUUGAAUUUGUGUUUUUUUUUUGUAUUGAUUUUAUUAUUUAAAUUAUUUAUAUGUUUGUGUUUGUUCGGUUGACCAUUCCUUUGUAAAACUAUUUAACUUAUUGCCUUUUAUUUUAGGAAUGUAAGGGGUUUUAUCGUAUCUGACUGGGAGAUGUGCAACACAGUCUACUGUUUGUAAGUGUGUGUUACCUCGCUAGUUGUUUUUACUGUUUCAUCCAUAAGGAAUAGAUAUUUGCACUCAAAUUCUGGAGACACUAAAAGUUUAUUUCAAAUAAAUAGGAUAAUGAAGAAGAAACUGUUAUAUACAAAUGAAUGUCUGGCUUUAUUUGGCCUGGUAGUAAAACGUUUGAAAUAGUUUUAAUAUAUAAAUGAUAUAAAUAUAUAUGUAUAUGAAAUACCACAACAGCUUGUACAAACAUGAAAGCAUUUCUUUAUUUUUGGUUUGUAUCAUACCGGCUGGAUUAGUUGUAACUUUUGUUAAGUGUAUGUUUGGUAUUUAUUAAAGAGAUUUGUGUUUCUCUCCCUCUUUCUGCCCACUAUGUGUACUGUAUGUAACUUAAGUGUUUUACCGAUGGUCCUACUGGUGUCUGGUGCGUGUGUGCGUGCGUGUGUGUGCGUGUGUGUGUGCAUGUAAUAAUGCAAAAGAAGCCAAUAUCACGGGGAGACGCUUACUGGGGCACUUGAGCCUGAAGGUGUGCGAGAGAACAGGUCAUGGUCAGAGUUUUACCUUUGUAAAGUGAAUAAAUUCUUUUUAUUUCAUCAGCUGGA